GGGAACUUCUCCGCGUUCUAUCAGCACAUGGAUCGCCGCUCUCCGGCUAUUCACUAUGGGGACCGUCAGCGAGCUGUGCGUGUCCAGCUUCCAGGCAUUCCUCUAUAACUCCAUCGUACAGGCAGGUGAGAGCUUAAAGGGACCGCAACCAUUCCAUGUCCUGGGGGUCUCAGUGCCCAUCACAGCCCAGGAUCACCUGCCAGGGCUUCCCUAUAGGGGGUAUUACGGUAUUAACCCUUUCAUCACCUGUCAGGAUAACAUAUAGGGGGUAUUACGGUAUUAACCCUUUCAUCACCUGUCAGGGCUCCUAUAUAGGGGUAUUACGGUAUUAACCCUUUCAUUACCUGCCAGGGCUCCCAUAUAGGGGUAUUACGGUAUUAACCCUUUCAUUACCUGCCAGGGCUCCCAUAUAGGGGGUAUUACGGUAUUAACCCUUUCAUUACCUGCCAUGGCUCCUAUAUAGGGGUACUACGGUAUUAACCCUUUCAUCACCUGUCAGGGCUCCCAUAUAGGGGUAUUACGGUAUUAACCCUUUCAUCACCUGUCAGGGCUCCUAUAUAGGGGUAUUACGGUAUUAACCAUUUCAUUACCUGUCAGGGAUCACAUAUAGGGGUAUAACAGCAUUUAACCCUUCCAUUACCUGUCAGGGCUCCCAUGGGGGUUAUUACAGUAUUUAACCCUUUCAUUACCUGUCAGGGCUCCCAUAUAGGGGGAUUACGGUAUUAACCCUUUCAUUACCUGUCAGGGAUAAUAUAUAGGGGUAUUACGGUAUUAACCCUUUCAUUACCUGUCAGGGAUAACAUAUAGGGGGUAUUACAGUAUUAACCCUUUCAUUACCUGUCAGGGCCCCUAUAUAGGAAUAUUACGGUAUUAACUCUUUCAUUACCUGUCAGGGCUCCCAUUUAGGGGUAUUACAGUAUUAACCCUUUCAUUACCUGUCAGGGCUCCUAUAUAGGGGUAUUACGGUGUUAACCCUUUCAUUAUCUGCCAGGGCUCCCAUAUAGGGGUAUUACAGUAUUUAACCCUUCCAUUACCUGUCAGGGCUCCCAUAUAGGGGAUAGUACAGUAUUAACCCUUUCAUUACCUGUCAGGGCUCACAUAUAGGGGGUAUUACAGUAUUUAACCCUUUCAUUACCUGUUAGGGCUCACAUAUAUGGGGUUAUUACAGUAUUUAACCCUUUCAUUACCUGUCACGGCUCACAUAUUGGGGAUAUUACAGUAUUAACCCUUUCAUUACCUGCCACAACUCACAUAUAGGGGGUAUUACUGUAUUUAACCAUUUCAUUGCAUGUCAGGGCUCACAUAAAGGGGAUAAUACAGUAUUUAACCAUUUCAUUACCUGUCAGGGCUCACAUAUAGGGAGUAUUGCCGUAUUUAACCAUUUCAUUACAUGUCAGGGCUCACAUAUAGGGGGUAUAACUGUAUUUAACUCUUUCAUUACCUGUCAGGGCUUACAUAUAUGGGGUUAUUACAAUAUUAACCCCUUCAUUACCUGUCAGGGAUCACAUAUAGGGAGUAUAACAGUAUUUAACCCUUUCAUUACCUGCCAGGGCUCACAUAUAGGGGUUACUACAGUAUCAGUAUGAGUUAUUACAGUAUCACUAUGGGUUAUUAUAGUAUCCGUAUGGGUUAUUACAGUAUCAGUAUGGAGCAUCAUAUUAUUAAUAUGGGUUAUUACAGUAUUUAAAUCUUCAUUGAGCUCAUUGCCUGACAGUGGUGUCAUCAUUUUAGACCCACCAUCACCAUUGUCCACAUGGUUUAAUGGACUGCUUUAGUAUUUUUUUUCUGAUGGGUAGAUGAAUAACAGCAUUUAUAUGAAAUCCAAGCCGAGGAAGGGUUUACCUGUUUGUUCAAGCUCUGGUGAGAGGAGUAUUUACUGCAGCACUGCAUGCCCAAUUCAUUGCUUAAUCAUUUCUGCAUUUACUCAGGGGUUCAUUCACUACACAGCAAAUUGUGGUGAAUUGAAAAAUUCCGUAAACUCCUGGUUGUAACAAAUCGUAAUCUGAAAGACAAAAUUAAGGCUAAAAUAAGUGAUUUUUAAAAAUUAUCUGCCACCGUUAACAUGGAUAAUUAAGUCUUGUGUCUUUGUCUUAAGCCUUUGCAAUUCAGUUUCAGUUCACUAGAGUUUGAGUUUAGAGAAAAUAAGUAAUUUGGAAAAAAUCGACAACUAUGCUGUAGUUCUUGUUUAGCUUUUUAGCCUAAAUUUUACAAUUCCGCUUUCAGUUCUCUGCCGUGUCCCACAGAAAGAAGGAAGUAAUAUUAUUUCACAGUCCCACUGACACAGGUUUAUAUUUGGGGGUUUAUUAACUACUGUCCAAAUGCACAUAUUAAGGUAUUGGAUUACGGAAAACUCUCUCAAACCAUCACAACAUUUAUUAAUGUUCGAAUUUCGAAUAACAGCUUCCGAAUAAAUUUUAAUGUGAUCUGGAUUUUAGUCUGACUUGAUGCAAUGGAAUGUCUGAAAUGCAGAACUGAAUGAAAGCAAUAUACAACCAAAUGCUCCUAAUCUGGUUAUUCGUCAAACUAUAAAUUCCAGAAAAUGAAAUCCAAAUUGCAAAACUGAGGAAUUUGGAAAAAGUCUCUAAUUUAAAAUUCUCCAUUCUUGCUAUAAUUACAACUUUGCUAGUUUUGUUCCGAGAGAAUCUGGUUGCAAUGUUAUUUUUGAUAAGUAUAUGAAUAUAUUUUAUUUUAAACAGUUUGUGAGAAUGAAUGAUUUCAUGCCAAUAUUGCCAAGCUGGAUAUAGUGGAGUUGGAAUAAUAGAUUAUUUCGGCUAAUUUAGUCUAAUGUUCAUAUCCUCUUGUUAAUUCUUCGCUUAGAGAAUAAACGUCUUGUCAUGUUUUUAUGAGUCUCUUGGUAUUGAAUAUAUUUCCAGAUUUGGUUUUUCACAAAAAUGUGAAAAACUCUGUAUCAAACGUGAAUUUCAUAAUUUAUUCCACAAUGGCUGAAUUGGAAGAAUUUUCCAAGUUAGCUAUGGUUCCAGUUUGGCUUUUUUUUGCCUAAAAAGUCAAAUUCCCUUUGAAUUCCCAACAUUUUACUCUUGUCUGGAGUUUCGCUUGCUUGGGACAUAAUGUGAUUUUUUUCCUGUUAAUGGUCAGAUGGUCAGUUGGACAAAUUACCUGGUUUGCCAAGAACUUUUGGCAAUCCCCAUGCCUUUUAGGGUCAUGGUGCCCGUCCACAGCGCAAACACGUCUCUAAUGAUGCCCCAGCGCUGUGCUGCUGGAGGACAGUGUCCUGGUGUAUCGGGGACACAAAGGAACAAAAUCGGAAAGGCAUGGCAUGACCCCGAAAUCGGUACUCCCCCACUGAAAUCAGGACUGUUGGGGGGCCUGGAUCCCAAAUUCAGUCCAGAUUCUACAAAUCCCAAGUUUGUCACAAUGCAAUUUCGGUAACCAUUGUCAUAGGGGUCCCAGAGAGUAUAUUGUAUGAUGAUUAGCAUGGAUGUUUUAAAGUUUCCUGUUACUGCGCGUACUCUAGUACUCCGUACUCCUAAAGUAACUUUGGGGUUGGGGGUCAAAUAUAAAAAAAUGGCACUGCAGUUUUUUUGUGCAUUUGCCGUUUCUUCCUAUUUAUUCCCCUGUCAGAGUCUUCAGCUUUGUCCCUCUGCUGACACUUUUUUGGCAUUACUUCUAGAAGGAAGGCAGUAUGUAUAAAGGUUAGGGUAUGAGAUUUAUACAUAACAAUGUUUUGUAUCUGGUGAAAAUAUUCGCAGGCGUGCAAUCAUUCACAUCACAUUAUCAGACGUGUGCAAAAAAAACAUCAAUAAAGCCGACGAGCCACAGACCUGAGGAUAUCAGCUAACUUUACAAGGGCACAAGGCAUUACAAGGGUAAUCUGUCUGUAAAAGUGCACCUGUUUUGCAAAUAAAAGAGCAUAUUUCAUUGUAUUGUCCUUGAAAAUGUGUUAAAACUGUUUUAUCAAACUUGAAAGGAACACUAAAGUACCAGGAAUCAGGAAUACAAACAUGUUUCCUGACGCCAUAGUUCUAACAGUGCCAUUUAGGUCCCUAGCCCCUCUUGUCCCCCUUUAAAAAGGUUAUUUACUCCACCACUCCAGGCUCCUUGUGGGUGGCUCCGCCCCCUUGGCUGAGAUAAUCAAACUUGAUGAUCUUAGUCAAUCCAAUUAAUUCCCUUUUCUCAUUAAGGGACAGGCAUUAGAUGUCAGAAUGACUCUAUUAAGCUGUAGUUGUUCUGGUGACCAUAGUGACCCUUUAAGCUCAUCUAGGUUGGGAUAGAGACCAAGAUGAUUUUUCUAGUGGGUGGGUUGGUAAUUUGUUUCAUUAUAUAUAAUUUGGUAUCCCACAAUGCAUAGCACGCAAUAUAUACGCUUUGUUUAAUUGUCUACUUGAAGUGGGCUAUGUUUUUACACAUUUCUGGAGGAUGACACUUCAGAGUAAUGCUACUGCCUACCUGUUCUUUUUUAGUGCAUUGUAUAAAUAAUAAUAAAAACAACAAAUUAUAUAUAUAUAUAUAUAUAUAUAUAUAUAUAUAUAAAAAAAAAAUUAAACUUGCAAUUUAAAUAUUUGCAGCAAACUCCCAGGGUGUGCUGCGCUCUCACCAAAACAGGAACUUAGUCAAUCACGCUACCCAAUAUAGCAUUGCUAAGCUGAUCCCACAAGCACACCAGGGGCCCCUUCAGCUGCUCACAUUCUGCAGAACUGCAACUCACAGACACUAAAAUCAAGAGUUUUUAAGAGUAAUAUUUUUAGUUCAAAAAGGUGAAUACUCCCGGUAGAAAAUGGCAACUUCAUAUUGUCUCUAACAUGAGUGAGAUCUUGUGUGGGAGCCUGGAUUGUCCCUUUAAUAAUGUAAACCCACCCAGUAUAACUAACUGUAACCUAACUUACACAGUGCAUCUAACGUGUGUGGGAGCCUGGAGUGUCCCUUUAAUAAUAUUAACCCACCCAGUAUAACUGUAACCUAAACUAUACAGUGCACCUAACGUGUGUGGAAGCCUGGAGUGUCCCUUUAAUAAUAUAAACCCACCUAGUAUAACUAACUGUAACCUAACCUACACAGUGCAUCUAACGUGUGUGGGAGCCUGGAGUGUCCCUUUAAUAAUAUAAACCCUCCCAGUAUAACUAACUGUAACCUAACAUACACAGUGCACCUAACGUGUGUUGGAGCCUGGAGUGUCCCUUUAAUAAUAUAAACCCUCCCAGUAUAACUAACUGUAACCUAACAUACACAGUGCACCUAACGUGUGUUGGAGCCUGGAGUUUCCCUUUAAUAAUAUAAACCCACCCAGUAUAACUGUAAUCUAACCUACACAGUGCUUAUAAAGUGUGAGAGCCUGGUGUGUCCCUUUAAUAAUAUAAACCCUCCCAGUAUGACUAACUGUAACCUAACCUACACAUUGCACCUAACAUAUGUGGGAGCCUGGAGUGUCCCUUUAAUAAUAUAAACCCACCCAGUAUAACUAACUGUAACCUAACCUACACAGUGCACCUAACAUGUGUGGGAGCCUAGAGUGUCCCUUUAAUAAUAUAAACCCACCCAGUAUAACUAACUGUAACCUAACCUACACAGUGCACCUAACAUGUGUGGGAGCCUGGAGUGUCCCUUUAAUAAUAUAAACCAACCCAGUAUAACUAACUGUAACCUAACCUACACAGUGCAUCUAACGUGUGUGGGAGCCUGGAGUGUCCCUUUAAUAAUAUAAACCCACCCAGUAUAACUAACUGUAACCUAACCUACACAGUGCAUCUAACGUGUGUGGGAGCCUGGAGUGUCCCUUUAAUAAUAUAAACCCACCCAGUAUAACUAACUGUAACCUAACCUACACAGUGCACCUAACGUGUGUGGGAGCCUGGAGUGUCCCUUUAAUAAUAUAAACCCACCCAGUAUAACUAACUGUAACCUAACCUACACAGUGCAUCUAACAUGUGUGGGAGCCUGGAGUGUCCCUUUAAUAAUAUAAACCCACCCAGUAUAACUAACUGUAACCUAACCUACACAGUGCAUCUAACGUGUGUGGGAGCCUGGAGUGUCCCUUUAAUAAUAUAAACCCACCCAGUAUAACUAACUGUAACCUAACCUACACAGUGCAUCUAACGUGUGUGGGAGCCUGGAGUGUCCCUUUAAUAAUAUAAACCCACCCAGUAUAACUAACUGUAACCUAACCUACACAGUGCAUCUAACGUGUGUGGGAGCCUGGAGUGUCCCUUUAAUAAUAUAAACCCACCCAGUAUAACUGUAACCUAACUUACACAGUGCUUAUAAAGUGUGAGAGCCUGGUGUGCCAUUUAAAGGUAUAAAGCCAGAAGAGGUGACUAUGUGAUGGAUGUCAGUUUUUAAAUGCCACAAUUUUUUUCUGGAUGCUUCUGCAGAAAUCACUUAAUGGCAGUAAAUGUCACCACACCCCAUAUUUGUAGUUAUACUUAACCCUUAUUGUGCUGCCAGGGUGAGUAAUAUGUCACUUUUUUUUUACUCUUGCUAGGCUCGUACUAUGUCAUAUAUUAUGAUCGCACUGGGUGUGGAUGAAAUGACUGUCUGCAUGGGUGUGGGUCUUCAUUAACCCCAUCUGAGACCCUCGAAGGCUAAGCCUACGCACACCCUGUUCUAUUUACAAAGUCACGUCAUAAAUGGGCUCAAUUAGGAGCAUUUAGCUUAAAUUCAGGCUGUCAUCCUUUCCCAAUCAUUACAUUUAUCCUCUGGUUAUUAUAUAGGUUAUUAUACCUAUUGCAUUUAAUAUUAUUAGAAAAUCUAUCGAGGAUCCCGUGGCCUCAUCUUCCAUAGACCCCCAUACUUUAUCUCUAACGCAGAAUUGGAAGACUUAUCACCAUUGACGGAGCCAUCAUGUAGGCAGACCCGUCAUAUUUAAGGGUGUCUUCAAAAAACCUAAAGAUAUAUAUUAUCAUGCAGUAAAUAAAGUGAGGACUAAAUUUAUAUUAUAUUGUUAUAAUUACAGUUUUAUGUGCACUUUUUUACACUUUUUUUUUUGGAACACAGAUUGGUUUGGUGAGAUCUUUAAUGGUUGUAGCACUCGGUUUAUAUUUGAUAGUGACCAGGUUUUAAUUGUCAAUAGAAAUGUAUUACUUAUUGAGUAAUGUACUACCAAUGUAGAAGAUUCAGGCCCAGAAAAAUGAUGCAACUGGCAGCCUUAUUAAUAGCUUGUGCCAUCUGGUGGCCGAUGCAUGGCUUGGGCCUACUGGUGGCCUAAAUAAGGUUCAUGAAUUCUGGUGGUAUAAUCAUUACUUAUGCCUUCUAGUGGCCAAUUCAUGGCUCAUGUUUUCUGAUGGCCAAUUAAUGGCUCAUGUUUUUCAUGGCUUAUGUUUUCUGAUGGCCAAUUCAUGGCUCAUAUGUUUUGGAUGGCCAAUUCAUGGCUCAUGUGUUUUGGAUGGCCAGUUCAUGGCUCAUGUUUUCUGGUGGCCAAUUCAUGGCUCAUGUUUUCUGAUGGCCAAUUCAUGACUUGUGUUUUCUGAUGGCCAAUUCAUGGCUCAUGUUUUCUGGUGGCAAUUCAUGGCUCAUAUGUUUUGGAUGGCCAAUUCAUGGCUCGUGUUUUCUGAUGGCCAAUUCAUGGCUCAUAUUUUCUGAUGGCCAAUUCAUGGCUCAUAUUUUCUGAUGGCCAAUUCAUGGCUCAUGUGUUUUGGAUGGCCAAUUCAUGGCUCGUGUUUUCUGAUGGCCAAUUCAUGGCUCGUGUUUUCUGAUGGCCAAUUCAUGGCUCAUGUUUUCUGAUGGCCAAUUCAUGGCUCAUGUUUUCUGAUGGCCAAUUCAUGACUUGUGUUUUCUGAUGGCCAAUUCAUGGCUCAUGUUUUCUGGUGGCAAUUCAUGGCUCAUAUGUUUUGGAUGGCCAAUUCAUGGCUCGUGUUUUCUGAUGGCCAAUUCAUGGCUCAUAUUUUCUGAUGGCCAAUUCAUGGCUCAUAUUUUCUGGUGGCCAAUUCAUGGCUCAUGUGUUUUGGAUGGCCAAUUCAUGGCUCGUGUUUUCUGAUGGCCAAUUCAUGGCUCGUGUUUUCUGAUGGCCAAUUCAUGGCUCAUGUUUUCUGAUGGCCAAUUCAUGGCUCCUGUUUUCUGGUGGCCAAUUCAUGGCUCAUGUGUUUUGGAUGGCCAAUUCAUGGCUCGUGUUUUCUGAUGGCCAAUUCAUGGCUCAUGUUUUCUGAUGGCCAAUUCAUGGCUCAUGUGUUUUGGAUGGCCAAUUCAUGGCUCAUGUGUUUUGGAUGGCCAAUUCAUGGCUCAUGUUUUCUGAUGGCCAAUUCAUGGCUCGUGUUUUCUGGUGGCCAAUUCAUGGCUCGUGUUUUCUGAUGGCCAAUUCAUGGCUUGUGUUUUCUGAUGGCCAAUUCAUGGCUCGUGUUUUCUGAUGGCCAAUUCAUGGCUUGUGUUUUCUGAUGGCCAAUUCAUGGCUGGUGUUUUCUGACGGCCAAUUCAUGGCUGGUGUUUUCUGGCGGCCAAUUCAUGGCUCGUGUUUUCUGGUGGCCAAUUCAUGGCUCGUGUUUUCUGGUGGCCAAUUCAUGGUUCGUGUUUUCUGGUGGCCAAUUCAUGGUUCGUGUUUUCUGAUGGCCAAUUCAUGGCUCAUGUUUUCUGGCGGCCAAUUCAUGGUUCGUGUUUUGGAUGGCCAGUUCAUGGCUCAUGUUUUCAGGGGGCCAAUUCAUGGCUCAUGUUUUUUGGAUGGCCUAUUUAUGCCCUAUUAUGUAUGGUGGCCCAUUCAUGGCUCGUGCCAUCUGAUGGCCUUUGACAAACCAUAGAUAAUCUCUCAGUCAUUUAUUCUGGCUUUACCUUCCUUCCCACCGGUGUUCUGGCAGGGGUAGAAUGUAUCAAAGGGGUGAAAUAGGUUAAUACAAAAAAAAUGAUUAUACAUAGCAUUGCAAGAUGGAUGCUUCCAGUAAAGCCAGUAUUUGGGAAGGUAACAGCCCUUUUAAAGCAAUUCUUUAUUGGAAGCCAUCACCAUGCCCUGACAAUACCAGUAAUUAGGAAGGGAACCUUUCACUUGUGUUCACAUAUGUCAUGGAAAUUACACAUUCUUAUUACUCAACGUAAUAGUACUUGUUUUGUCAAACUUGGAGAGGCUCAGCAGUCACUGCCAGAUAUUGAACCUGACACAUAUGUGUAACAGCAUUGGAUACGUGCUUUAUAUAAACACUCCAGGCACCACAGCCCAUACAACCCACUGCUGUGGUUAUGGUGCCAGGAUUACCCUGGCACCUGUCCAUUGUCAUCGGUCAAACCAUUUCUGAACAGUGUAACUUCUUACCUGGGAUCUGCUGGUUGCUGCUCCCGGCCUCCAGUACUAAUGUUGAGAGCCGUAGUUCUUAAGCAGGAAAUCUAGGACUUAGCUCAUUGGCUGAGAGCAAACAGCUCCCUAGAUAGUUCAAAAACGGCAUGACUACUAAAGAUUGGCAGGCACCAGGGUACUUCAUGCCAGCAAGCUGUAGUGGUUAUGGUGCUUGGAGUAUUGCUUUUGAAAUAAUAAGUGCCUGCUUUACCUAUGUAUAGUUUGAACAAAUCUUUCUUAAAAACUGGAACAGGCUGUGUUUAAAUUGGUCAUGUCAGCGAAGAAAAAAAUAACUAUGAAAAUCAGUGCAUUUUUUGUUAAAAAAUAAAUCUUUAAUGCCUUUUUUAGCAGACGGGGUGCAAUUAUUAUCAUUAUUAUUAUAAAAGGAGAUUUAUGACAUCUAGUCAUAAAAGAGUUAAAACAAAGUAGAGGAUUUUAAUAGACGCGCAAUAUUAGUGUGAAAGUCACUAUGCAGGGGGAAUUUUCAUAUUCAUGUAAAAAUCCCCAUCCUCUCCUGUUCUCAAUGAGAGGCAUUGGAAUGGACAAAAGUCAUCAAAAUUAACCAGAGGAGGAUUGGAGGCACAGCGAGAACACUGUCCUAGUGCUGGAAUAAAGGUACGUGUUAAUGGCUUUUUAUUUAAAAAAAAAAAAAUGUUUUAAAUAGUGGACAGUCAUUUAAAAUAAAACAAGAACACAGAUAAUUAAAACAUAUUAAAUGAAAGUGUUCGUUUAAGCAGACAUUAAGAGCAAAGUAGAGAAGAGUCAGGUGUAUUUGGGGAAAAUAUGGCACGUCAACAAAGCAACAUUGAAUGAAAGCAUAUCCAACGCUCCUGGGGCUGAUGGCAUUGGCUGAUCUGGGAUCAUCGCCCGCCAUUCAGGACAACAACAAAAAGCACGACUGAGCCAUAGAUCAUAUAUAUGUGUUACACUUUCUAAUUGCACAGAGACUAAAAUGACGUGUUAUUCAAGGGGUAGAACCACAUUGAAGUAAAGCAGUGUAAUUCAGUGUUUUCUUUGUGCUAUCCCUUUAAAUAAAGCCACCCCAGGUAAUCAUAGGAUAAAGUCAAAGGUAAAUAAAUACUAAUUUAAGCUGGGAAGGGACAGAAUGCAAUGAGUCAUAGUCAACUUCCCAAAAUGAUCAUUUCAGUGUGUCUCCAGAAGGGGGCAGCACCUGUGUUACUCAAGAUAUUUGGAAGUAAACAUUACAAAAAAGAGCAUGGAUGGCAUUAUUGCAAAUACAUUAACCCCUUAAGGACCAAACUUCUGGAAUAAAAAGGAAUCAUGACAUGUCACACAUGUCAUGUGUCCUUAAGGUUUUAAAAUACAUGUUUGAUAUACUAUUGAUGGGACAGUCCUGGCUGAAUGGGACCUCCAUGUUUUUAAUUUAUUUAAUAGAUAUAGGUAUUUAAAUAUUCAAAAACGUACAGUGCAGAGGAGUGUUUGGGCCAAUUUGACAACCAUCAUUGUGCCCCUGCCUCCCUCCUUGAGCCGGUCAGGAUUUUCCUGGCCCUCGAGGGACUGACUGGAGAAUCUGCCAAUGCCAAAAUCAGCCCUGUAUCUCCGGUAAGCAGGAACAAUAUGCUAAAUGUCAAAUCAAAACACAAAAUGUGAAUCUAUCUUCACGGCAAUGCUCCCAGCAGCUGAUAACCCCAUCUAUUGGCUCCAAAGUGCAGACAUUGUCUGGUCAGUAGGCACUAUGCUCAGGGGCCUGGCAUUACCAACUGAAUCUGCACACAGAAAGUCAUCUUUUUCAUGUCCUGCUCAUUAGAAUGUUAUACAAUACCAGGGUUGACUAUAGCUGGAAAGAGAUGUUGAGGUAUUCACAUUGCUUUUUUGGUGUUCAGCAAGCCCUCGAUAAAGGAUACCUUACAUUCAAGAACCACGAAAGUCACACAGACCACUUCAUCUCAGUGAUCUGGUUUGGCUGACUGGGGAAUAGUUUGUGAUCUGCACUUGGACUCUGGUCCAUCCAUGAUCCCUUUAUACUGCAUGGUUUUCUGACUUUUCCACCGAACGGUUUAUUCCAAUCAUCAUAACCACUACAGCCUGCUUUUGUGGUUAUGAUGGUUGAAGCAUCUUGGCGCAGUUCACCGGUAAUGGUGCAAACCACUGGCAACAGUUUGCCCUCUUACCUGGGUCCCUGCCAGGCACCAAGUCUUCUGUUCAGCAAAUUUACAACAUCCCACUUUUGGGGACAUCGGUGUACAAAGUUGGGAUAGAGGGACAUGACCUUAAUAUCAGGACUGUCUUGCAGAAAUUGAGAAUGUUAGGAGGCCUAUUAAUAGCAGGUUUCCUUACACCAUAAUUUAUACAUUCAGGAGAUGGAGGUGGUGGGUACAUCGCAGGUUGGCAACACUGACAAUGUGCCUGUGUGUAAAGGGGGCAUGUGACCCCAAAAUGGCAUGCUAGGAUGACUGGUGCUAUUACACUGAGCUCUGUGGACAUUCUUGCAUAUGUGCUUAAAUGUCCUGAAAUUCAUACAACAGCAUGGAGUACUUUAACAUAUCGCAACAGUGCCCCAACACCAGGUGACAGAGCUGAUCUGUAGGGCUAUCAGAGGAUGAUAAUAUCAUAUUACUUGAAAACUCAGAAUAUUCCCUUUAACAGUCCCUUUAAAAAGGAAACCGACUGGGCUAGAGAGAAACUUUCAAAUCUACCUGUCUGAUGUUUUUAGCUUGCUUGGCCUAUAGGGUGUCUCCCUUCUGUAGAAGAAACAUCGCUUGUGGUCAUACAUCACCCAGGGGUCUACUUUUCCCCCUGUUUUGUAAUGUGUUUACACCAACUUUUUAAUAUUCAUUGUUAAGUAAAACUAAAACAAAUUGCAUACCUUACCUCUUACAACAGUCAGCUGACACAUCACAUUUAACCCCUUAAGGACCAAACUUCUGGAAUAAAAGGGAAUCAUGACAUGUCACACAUGUCAUGUGUCCUUAAGGGGUUAAAGGGCACUGUGGGCACCAAUACUACUACAGCUUGUGCUAGUAUUUAUGAAGCAAAGAGCCUUUGGAACAUUUUCCUACAUAUUUGCCAAGCUGCAGCAGUUGGGACAGACUGUGGGUGCCAGAAGGGUCCGGUUUAUUGUCAAACUUCUCAAACUAGGGGCAACGCCCAGAGAGGCGUUACACCAGACCCACUACAAUGAGCUGCAGUUAGCAUAGUGUUUAGCGUGCUUCUUUAAUAUUUACUUAGUGAAUGUUCUACUGGCACUGGAAAAAAAAGACAGUUUCAAGGUGGGGAUGGGGAAACCAGUAAAUAGAAGAGAGAGGAUACUGGAACUAUAAAAACAAAAAAUGCAAACAACCCUGGUGACAUUUUGUGUGCAGACUUAACAUGCGAGUAGUUGGCGGCAUGACGAUUUAAACAUUAGGUGAUAUUACGGACAAUAACUCAUAGUGUCUUGACAACCACGUUACGCAGCUUAAGGUAAAAUAGCUGUAAUGGAAAAAUCUGUCCAGUUCGUCUAUUUUGGCUUACAAUUUACAGAAUGCAUUUUCCAUAACCGUCUACAGAUCAUGGUAAAAUAUAUUGUCGCUAUACAUGGACUUAGAAAUUCCAAACAGUUCCGGAACUUUAUCUGUUGAGCAAUUUGUAUUGUUUUUCCAAGAAAAAGAAAUAGACUAUGCUGCCUUUUUUUAUUUUUUGCUUUGACAGCAUUGUACCAGUUCAGAGAGGAACUGAGGAAGGUUUAAGGGUUAUUCCAAGGACCAUGAUCACUUCAGUGAUUUGAAUUGGUCAUGCUGGCUCUAGUGUGUACGUGCAGCGUUUUGUGUGUAACUCCCCCUCCUGCAGCGCCGUUAGCAAUCCUGGUACAAGAGUUCUGGGCUGGUGAAUGUCAAUUAUGUGCAUAUUUCUAUGCACAGAAAAGUUCAUUGGCUGAGAGUGAUUAGCUCACACUCAACGAGCGUCAUGAUUGGCAGCUCUGCAGAAGCUGGAUGUCAUAACCCUGCUGAACAGGAGGAUCCAACUAAGAGGGCACACACAUGGCUGUAGCGGUUUUGAUGGUUGGCGUAACCCUUUAAUAAACUGUGACAACAGUAUGAAACAAAUAUUUGCCAAUAUAAUGGAGUGUGGAAAAAUCUCCAAUUUAAUAAGUUUAUUAUUUCCUUAGAGUUUGGCAAAUUUGCAUAAAGUGGGAAAAACUGUAUCUAACUCACACGUCAGGGCGCAGUGAACAGAUAUUUUACUCUUAUUUAAUUUCUGAAACUAUUUCAUUAGAUCACAGAGUGUGUCUUUCUGGGUACAUUCCCGGAAUGUAAACAAUGUGGGGGAAUUUAGAGUUUUUUUCGACCUAAUUAAACUGCAGAAGUUUAUUUAAUUCCGUCAUUGAUGGACUCCAACAAGGGGAUUUACUGGAGAGGAAUUGCAAAAUAUUGGCUCUGGUUCUUGACAUCUUCCAUUUCUAUAUUCAGAGGAUUUAGUAAAAAAAAAAAAAAAAGAUACAAGCCACUCUGUUUGGGAAUAUAUCAAAUUGAUAGCAAGUAAGCUGUAUAUUUUAAAUCACACCAGCCUCGUGAUAGGACUACAACUCCUAUCAUUAAGCUGGUGGGAUUUAAAAUAUACAACCGAUGUAGUAGGAAAGUGAGACAACCACUUGGUACAUAGACUGUAAUCCCAAUCAUGCAACAGUGGUUGGCCGAACCUGAUAAGGAUAUCAGUCAACAACACCAUUAUAUGGCACAUCAUCAUUCAAUGGACCCAUAAAAAUUAUAUUGAAAAGCAGCAUUUACACUAAUACAGCCCUUAAAGAAUUUUUUUUUUAAUGUAUUUAUUUUUAUAUACAAAUCUCUAAAUCUCAAUACAAUCCCUAGUCUCUAUGAGAAGCUUUGGAAUAAAAAUGUGUCCUCUGUGCUGAGUAUACAGUUUGGUUUACUUCAGGGGGAUCAUGGCAAACUAAUCUUAUUGAUUUUUUUUUGAUUGGGUAACCAAAAUUAUAGAUCAGGGUGGUGCAGUAAACAUUGCUUACCUAGAUUUCAGUAAGGCUUUUGACACUGUUGCACAUAGAAGGCUUAUCAAUAAACUGCAAUCUUUAAGUUUGGAUUCAAAUAUUGUUGAAUGGGUAAGGCAGAGGGUUGUAGUUAAUGGAAUAUAUUCGAAGCUUGGAUUUGUCACCAGUGGGGUACCUCAGGGAUCUGUACUUGGACCCAUUCUCUUUAAUAGCUUUAUUAGUGAUAUUGCAGAAGGUCUUGAUGGUAAGGCAUGUCUUUUUGCUGAUGAUACUAAGAUAUGUAACAGAGAGCAAAAAACGGGUCGCAAGAGUAUUCUGAGAACGGACAACAGCUAGAAUAGCCUGCCCUUCGGUGGGUCCCCGCUCAGAACUCAAGCUGGUUUUAGCUCAUCUUGUGCCAUUACAGAGAGAACAUUUCUGAAGCAUAUCAGACUGGUCCCAGCCAUACGGGCAGUCCAGAUCCGAAAUGCCAGCAAGUUCUCUCUGCACGAGAGAUACAGCAACCCCAGACGAACGUUUCAGCCUUGUUAGGCAUCAUCAGUGAGGCAUAGCUGAUAUCUCUCUAGGCACCGUGAGCAAGGGGUCCACGUCUGGAUUACCCUUUAAACUAAUGGAGAGCAAAAAACGGGUCGCAAGAGUAUUCUGAGAACGGACAACAGCUAGAAUAGCCUGCCCUUUGGCCUGCCCUCACUGAUGAAUACAGAAUAUUUGAUAGAGUCCUAACCUCAACAUAUGAGGAAAGGGAUUUAGGGGUGAUUAUUUCUGAUGACUUAAAGGUAGGCAGACAAUGUAAUAGAGCAGCAGGAAAUGCUAGCAGAAUGCUUGGUUGUAUAAGGAGAGGUAUUAGCAGUGGAAAGAGGGAAGUGCUCAUGCCAUUGUACAGAACACUGGUGAGACCUCACUUGGAGUAUUGUACGCAGUACUGGAGACUAGGGAUCGACAGAUUAUCGAUUUUGCCAAUAUUAUCAGCCGAUAUCCUGAUUUUUUGUAAGUAUCGGUAUCGGCCAAUAAUCACCGGUAAUGGCUAUAAUGAGGUGGGCCGGUGCGUAUGGCGCUCUCUCCUGCCAGGCACUCUGUGUAGUGUGGCCGAGCGCAGCAGUGCGCACUGUGGUCCAGGAACUUAUGUUUCCUGUACCUGGCCGGACUGAAAGGAAGUGCUCACUGAGAGAGCACUUCCUGUCAGUCCGGCCGGGUACAGGAGACUGAAUCUCCCUUAACCCGGAAGACAAGACAGGGGGAAGUUACACUUUGGGAGAGGGGAGGGAGGGAGAGGGGGAGGAAAGAACACUAUGGGACAGGGGAGGGAGGGGGAAGGAAAGAACACUAUGGGACAGCUGAGGGAGUGGGAAGGAAAGAACACUAUGGGACAGGGGAGGGGGAAGGAAAGAACACUUUGAGACGGGGGGGGGAAGAAUGAACACUAUGGGACAGGGGAGGGGGAGGAAAGAACACUAUGAAACAGGGGAGGGAGGGGGGAGGAAAGAACACUGUGGGACAGGGGAGGGGGAAGGAGGAAAAACUCUAUGGGACGGGGAGGGGAGGAAAGAACACUAUGGGACGGCAAGGGGAGGAAAAAACGCUAUGGGACAGGAGAGGGUGAGGAAAAAAAGCUAUGGGACAGGGAGGGGGUGGAGUAGAGAACACUAUGGGACAGAGGAGGGGAGAACACUAUGGUUUAGGGGGGGAAAGGGGAAGGAGGAAAGAACACUAUGGGGGGAGAACACUAUGGGACAGGGGAGGGGGAAAGAACACUGAGGGGGGAGAGAGGAACAUUAAGGGAGGGCACUAAUGUACAGGGAAGGGACAAGGGACACUGGGGAGGAGUGGGGGCACUAAAAGGUAAGGGAGAUAAACAUUAAGGGGAAUGGCACAUAUUUACACAAAAACACACUACACCCACAACACACACAAACACAUUGCAUCCACUACACAAAACACACACACUGCAUUUACUAAUCAAAUACUCACACUGCAUCCACUACACACACAUAUAAAUAUUCCUGAAAACAUAAAAAAAAUCUGACUUGCAUGUAUAUUUUGUGCAUUUACCACUUAAUAAAAAAAAAAGAUUUGCAAAAAAAAAAUAUAUUUUUUUUUCAAAACAGUAAAUGUACAGAAUAUCAGUAAGCUAUCGGCCUGAAAGUUCACAGAUUAUCAGUAUCAAUAUUGGUCGAUCCCUACGGGGGGAAAUGAUAGAAACAUUUAAAUACAUAAAGGGAAUCAAGGAGGAGACUAUAUUUAAAAGGAGAACUACCAUAACAAGGGGACAUAGUCUUAAAUUAGAGGGGCAAAGGUUUAAAAAUAAUAUCAGGAAGUAUUACUUUACUGAGAGGGUAGUGGAUGCAUGGAAUAGCCUUCCAGCUGAAGUGGUAGAGGUUAACACAAUGAAGGAGUUUAAGCAUGCGUGGGAUAGGCAUAAGGCUACCCUAACUAUAAGAUAAGACUAGGGACUAAUGAAAGUAUUGAGAAAAUUGGGCAGACUAGAUGGUUCUUAUCAAACGUCACAUUCCAUGUUUCUGUGUUUGUAAAAAUUUUAGUAAACAAUUCAUUAUAUGCAUUAAAAGCAUUAUACAUUAUAUUUAUGCAUUUUGGACAUAGAGUCAGUGUCCCUUUAAUAGAAUUGAAUUAGAGCGUUUCUGGACUUUAAUGAUGAUCACUAACUACUCAGCAAAAAAUAAAAAUAAAUGUGCAGGUAGAGGAAUUUCUGUAUGUCAAAGAUUGUAAACUGAUGAUAUUCACAUAAAUGCACAAAAAAUUCCUUUUGAAAAAUUCUAUGGCUAAAAUGGGUAUUUCAGCAAAUACACAAACCAAGUGUUUCCACCUACAGACAGUCUGCUUAGAUCCUGUUAGAAAUGAUCAGUAGGGUGUUUAAACAAAGGAGGCAUUUUGUAGCUUUAUUCAGUAAUUUUAUUAAAUAUCUACUUAAUAUUUACCAGAAGCAGAAAAGGGCAUUGUAAGUAGCAAAGUGACAAAAUUCCUCCAACCUACAGUUCAUAGCAAGCAAAACCCUUAUUUAAUCACAUUUUAUUAAAACUGAAACCCUUUAAUAUUUGUCAAAAUAGCUGAAAGCAGACUCAUCAUCGCUGGAAUUAUUGUGAAUUUUCAACAAUUCAGCAAUUUUGUUGUAAAAUCUGACUCUGGUCAGUUUCUCCACGAUAUCUAGAUUCCUGGUAUAUAUCAAAUAAGAAUAUCAAGGUUAACCGUAAUGGUGAGAUGCUGGUAUUUAUAAAUAAAAUGUACACAUUAAAGGGAAACUUUAGGUUCAGAAUUAAGUUGUUAUGGUGCCUGGUGAAGGGUUAAACCAUUCGUGAACGUACAUAUUUUUCAAAAGCCAUUUUUAUGAACGGGGAGCUACUGGUUGACUUAGAGCGUCAGCUGACAUUCUCAGAGCUGGAGAGAAUACUUUGGCUCAUAAUGUUUGUGACCUCCUAACAUCAUAAAAACAUCAUUCCGAUGAAGUCAUUAUGGUACCCAGAGUGUUCAUUUAAAUUAUAGAUUUAAUUUGGGGGAGGGGGCUUAAAUAUUUGAUCUUCAAGGUUUUUCUCAAUGGGAAUAGAAACGUCUAAACCAGGGGCAGGCAACCUUCGGCACUCCUGAAAUUGUGGACUACAACUCCCUCAAUGCUAUUACAGCCAUUAUGAUAGCAAAGCCUUAAGGGAGAUUUAGUCUACAACAUCUGGGGUGCCGAAGCUAUAUGUGAAUAGUAGCUGUGUCAAUCCUGAUAUGCAGAAUAUUUCGAGGUAUGGAUUAUAAUGGAUGCUACGUAAUAAAAGUGGCCACACUGUGUUUAAUUGUCAUUUAAUUCGUUUUUAUUUGCACCCAGUCCAUGCCAAAUAAUUCCACUGUGCUCCUGUGUCAUCAAUCAUUCGUCUGCUUUUCUAAGCUGGUUUUGGGCUAGAUGUUUUGUGCUAUCAAUAUAGAAAAAAAUCAACAUGGUUUAUCCCCAACGAAUUUACUGGGUUAUUCACCAAAGUGAGAAGUUAAAGUGCAUUCAAAGUUAAUUUCAAAUUUAAGGUGAAAAUAGUCACUGGAAAAAUUAUACGAGUCAGCUAUGUUUUCAUUUCAGCUAGUCUGGCCUGAGACUCACUUUGAAUUCUCUCGUCUUAGUAAAUAAUCCUUACUCUGCCAAUGUGUUUUUCUGGGGGGGGGUUUGUGAAGCAAAGAAAUUCUGUUUUAUACUUAAGGAAAUGGUAAAUGUGCAUUAAAAAUAUAUAUAUUUGAGAAGCCAAGUAUAUCUGCUCGAUGUGUUCUGAAUUUUAACUGAUGUAUUGUAACUCCGAUAUGCCAGUGUUAGUCAUCACCGCCACAAGGGAUCGAAUUAUAGGGUCAUAAAUAUUGCUAGAAAGUAAAUAUGGAGCAACAUUUCUAAAGGAAUAGAAAUAAAAUAUUAAUAGAAAAUAAUACCCUAAAGGUAUUGUGGAAAAUAAACAAGAUGUUUUCUGACAUCAUAUGGUUCCAGCUCUCAUACAGCAACUGCUGGAAAAUCCAAGGAAUAUUUUUUUUCCAUAACAAUGCAUGUACAGAAAGAGAUAACAAAUUAAUUAUAAUGCGCACUGACAAACAGUGACGCAAAUCUGUUUAUAGCUGGAGCCAUUUUUAGAAAAGCGUUAGAGAGAAAUGUAAGAUCUGCAGCGUGUAAGGCUAAAGCUGAAGGACGCCUCCACUUGGAAAUUGCACACAAUAUACAAUAACCAGUCUUGGAUCACCUUGGCUCUGCAGGCUGGAGCAUUGCUGAGCAUCAUGGGAAAUUUCACAGAGAGACAACAUGCAUGUCUAAUCGCUCUUUUUAUUAAUUGCUUUUUAAUUAUCUGUGUUUAGUAGAUAUAUCUCCAACGGAAACUUGCAUGAAUUUAAUUAAGCAAUUUUUACAUUGGGUUAUAUCGUAACACAGUUUUGCAAAGCUACAGAUCUCUUGUCUGCAGCCUUUGCAAGCCCUCCCCUUCUAACCCCGCCAAGACUUUCUGUGGCUGUCCAAUCACAGACAUCCCAAUGCAGCUUAAUGAGAAGCCUUUGCAACGGCUCUGGGCCGUUGCUGCCUCUUAAGUUUAGUUCUACUGAGCUAACCAAACCAGGAAGUAACAGGAUCGGUUGUCUGAUUGACAGCCAGAGGGUGUAACAAGGUUCAUCUCAGUCACUCAGACAAACACUAGAUAUGCUUACUGGCCCAGUGCUGCACAAUGCUCUGCUUGGAGACGCUGAACCCUCCCCAUAGAGGUGUACUGAGUCAAAGCGUCUCUAUGAGCAGUUGCUGAUUGGCGCAGAGCAACGUAUUGCUGUGCAUGCAAAAUAGCCUCUCAAUGCUUUCCUAUGGGAAAGCAUUGGAUUGGCUGAGAUAAUCAAGUUUGAUGAUCUCAGUCAAGGGGGCAGGGCAUGAGUGGGACCAGCCAUGACCAAACCCUUGUGGCACUGUAAAAAAGUAAAUAAAUCACCUUUUUAACCAGAGGCAAGGAGGAGAGGCCGUUGGACUAAACAGCUAUUUAGACUUAUGGUGUCACGAAUACAUGUUUGCGUUCCUGACACUAUAGUGUUCCUUUAACUUUAAUUUUUAAAAGCAAAAGGGGCGAUGGACAGAAGGGAACCAGGGAACCUAUAAUCCCAAAAUAACAAUAAUUUUCAGGACUAUAGGUUAACUUUAAAUUCCGCUAAAUGCGAAUAAAAUAAUAUAUAUUUUCUGCUCUUCAUAUCAAAGAACUGAAGUUGUUUCCAGCAGGACACAGUUUGUGAAACAAGAGCAGCUGAGGAUAGAGAGGAAUCGAGAUUAUGUUGUUACCACUAUGAUACUUUUUAUCCAUGCUCUGUUACGUUUUGUUCAGUUUUUACAUAUAAUAACAUAGUAAAUUAAAAAUGUAUUGUGCGCUAUUUUCAUAACCUUUGCAGUAAUUAUGAAGCAGCAUUUAUAUUACGUGCUGUUUUCUGUACCUGCCUGGCUGACAGCUGAUUAGACGUACACUGGGGCUGCAGCAUGUGCUGGAUUAUUUUAUAAAUUCAGGACUCAGGAACGUUGCUUUACGGCCACCACACUGGGAGUCCACCAGCUCUCCUUCCAUAUCAACAUUGGGAAUGUAAUUAAACUCGGUGUCUGAGUGUCUGUCUGAGUGUGAUUGUAUACAGACAAGAUGAAGAAGAAAAUAGACUGUAACAAGAGCUAUACACACUAUUCUCAAACUAUUAUGAGGUCUGCUUAAAAAGAACUUUAGCUUCUACUUUUUAAACUUUUGUGGCUUCUUCAAAGACCGCUUCAAUUCCAAGACGUGGUCGUGCGCAGUCGUCCUGUCCUUUUAACCUUGCAAUAUAAAACAAUGUCUUUGAGACAGCCGCUAGAGGUGCUUCUACAACAACUGAGUGAAACUCUGUCACAUGAUGUUGCAGUUCAUAGUAAAGCAUUGAAUGCUUUCCUGCGAGAAGUAUCUGGAGCUCGGUGCACAUGCGCAGAAGUUCCCAGUACUCCUCUAUGAAGAGCACUGGAUUGGCCAUUGAGAGCUGGAUGACACCACGGGAGGUGUAGCGGCCAGGAGCUCAGAGGACCUCUCAUUGCAGGAGAAAAGGCAGGUAAUGACCUGUUUUUUAGGUUUUUACUGAAAACAUCAGUUCCUAUAGUUUUCAGAUUGCCUGGUACUCCACUGACUGUGUAAAAAACACCACCACCACUCAACACAAGGAUAAAGUGAUGCCAAGGGCAUAGAAGUAAGGUUUAGGCAACAUCUUUUCACGUCCUCACACUUCCCCUGGCUUACUUCGCUGCAUCUCCCUCUCUCCUCGUGGAGACACCAGCCUUUGCGGAGUGUCGGCCCAACCAAUUUGACACCCGCAAACUGGUAGCGAGUCUGCUUCAGUAGUGGUGCCGCAUUCUACUCGUGGUCCGGGAAGGGCUUCCACAGUUUGGCAUGGUGGCAGGAUCUGGCCUUCCUGGGAGUUCACACGGUGGGAAGGUACUUUCUUAAAGGGGCAGGAGGUGUGUCAGGAGCCCAGGGAUGAUGUGGAGUGGACGUAUCUCUUCACACAUAUUUAACAAGCUGUCUCCUAGUCCUCUUAGCUCAGUUGUACUUGCUUAUUGUGGGUUUCACUUAAGUGUGCCCAUCCUCUGUUAUUUGAUUACCCGGUAUCUGACCCUAUGCUUGUUAUAUUUCUUCAGAGUAAGAUCACAUUUUGGCUGACACCUUGGUCCCCACGUGCAUGCAUGCAUCUCGCACAAUGUUACGUGCACGUAUAACGGACUGUGAACGCGUGUGCACCUGGUUGCAUGUGCAGGGAUGAAGCUGUCAGUUGGUUUGUGAGGGAGGGAGGGGAGUAGAGCGUGCCAGUCACUUUCCUUAGUUCAGAGGAGCUAACGGAAGUAGGAAGGAAUCCUGUGGCUGUUUGAUUGACAGCCAGUGGGGAGGUCCAUAUUGCUGAUUUCUCCGACUGGGGUUAAAUGAGGAUACUCCUCGCCAUAAAGCACUUUGGCUUUGCUUUUGGGAUGUGGAGUGGUCCUUUAAUGUAGCUGUUCUGGUGUCUACACUCAGGCCGUCCCUGAAGACUUUGUAACGUAAACACUGCCUUCUCAGAGGGACCUGAGACAAGGGGGGAGGGGUGGGGGAUCACUGAGACAAGGGGGGGGGUCACUGAGACAAGGGGAGAAGGGGGGUCACUGAGACCAGGGGGGAGGGAUGGGUCACUGAGAUAAGGGGGGCACUAGUAGGAAGAGGAGAGCUCUAACAGUGACAUCACUUCCUGUCAGAGUGCUCUGUGUGGGGGGCUAUGUUGUCACUUCCUGUUGGAGUGCUCAGUGUGGGAGGGGCUAUGUUGUCACUUCCUGUCGGAGUGCUCAGUGUGGGCGGGCUAUGUUGUCACUUCCUGUCGGAGUGCUCAGUGUGGGCGGGCUAUGUUGUCACUUCCUGUCGGAGUGCUCAGUGUGGGAGGGGCUAUGUUGUCACUUCCUGUCGGAGUGCUCAGUGUGGGAGGGGCUAUGUUGUCACUUCCUGUCGGAGUGCUCAGUGUGGAGGGGCUAUGUUGUCACUUCCUGUCGGAGUGCUCAGUGUGGAAGGGGCUAUGUUGUCACUUCCUGUCGGAGUGCUCAGUGUGGGAGGGGCUAUGUUGUCACUUCCUGUCGGAGUGCUCAGUGUGGGAGGGGCUAUGUUGUCACUUCCUGUCGGAGUGCUCAGUGUGGGAGGGGCUAUGUUGUCACUUCCUGUCGGAGUGCUCAGUGUGGAAGGGGCUAUGUUGUCACUUCCUGUCGGAGUGCUCAGUGUGGGAGGGGCUAUGUUGUCACUUCCUGUCGGAGUGCUCAGUGUGGGAGGGGCUAUGUUGUCACUUCCUGUCGGAGUGCUCAGUGUGGGAGGGGCUAUGUUGUCACUUCCUGUUGGGGUGCUAGGUGUAUCUUGAUGUCACUUCCUGUGUCACUGACAUUGCUCCCCCACCUAUUUCCUGUUUGUCUGAGAGACACUCACAGGAGGCUGAUAAUGAAGACUUAUGGUAGUGAGUGAAUUUACUCUGAUAGGGAAAGGGGAGAGUGAGUGCUUACUGAGUGUGAGUGCAGAGAAAGAGAGAGUGAGUGCUGCCUGAGUGUGACUGCAGGGAAGGGGAGAGUGAGUGCUGUGUGAGUGCAGGCAAGGAGAAAGCAAGUGCUGUCUGAGUGUGAGUGCAGGCAAGGAGAAAGCAAGUGCUGUCUGAGUGUGAGUGCAGGCAAGGAGAGAGCGAGUGCUGCCUGAGUGUGAGUGCAGGCAAGGAGAGAGCGAGUGCUGCCUGAGUGUGAGUGCAGGCAAGGAGAGAGCGAGUGCUGCCUGAGUGUGAGUGCAGGCAAGGAGAGAGCGAGUGCUGCCUGAGUGUGAGUGCAGGCAAGGAGAGAGCGAGUGCUGCCUGAGUGUGAGUGCAGGCAAGGAGAGAGCGAGUGCUGCCUGAGUGUGAGUGCAGGCAAGGAGAGAGCGAGUGCUGCCUGAGUGUGAGUGCAGGCAAGGAGAGAGCGAGUGCUGGCUGAGUGUGAGUGCAGGCAAGGAGAGAGCGAGUGCUGCCUGAGUGUGAGUGCAGGCAAGGAGAGAGCGAGUGCUGCCUGAGUGUGAGUGCAGGCAAGGAGAGAACGAGUGCUGCCUGAAUGUGAGUGCAGGCAAGGAGAAAGCGAGUGCUGCCUGAGUGUGAGUGCAGGCAAGGAGAGAGCGAGUGCUGCCUGAGUGUGAGUGCAGGCAAGGAGAGCGCGAGUGCUGCCUGAGUGUGAGUGCAGGCAAGGAGAGAGCGAGUGCUGCCUGAGUGUGAGUGCAGGCAAGGAGAAAGCGAGUGCUGCCUGAGUGUGAGUGCAGGCAAGGAGAGAACGAGUGCUGCCUGAGUGUGAGUGCAGGCAAGGAGAAAGCGAGUGCUGCCUGAGUGUGAGUGCAGGGAAGGAGAGAGCGAGUGCUGUGAGUGUGCAGGGAAGGAGAGAGCGAGUACUGUGAGUGUGCAGGGAAGGAGAGAGCGAGUGCUGUGUGAGUGCAGGGAAGGAGAGAGCGAGUGCUGUGUGAGUGCAGGGAAGGAGAGAGCGAGUGCUGCCUGAGUCUGAGUGCAGGCAAGGAGAGAGCGAGUGCUGCCUGAGUCUGAGUGCAGGCAAGGAGAGAGUGAAUGCAGGCAAGGAGAGAGCGAGUGCUGCCUGAGUGUGAGUGCAGGCAAGGAGAGAGCGAGUGCUGUGUGAGUGCAGGCAAGGAGAGAGCGAGUGCUGCCUGAGUGUGAGUGCAGGCAAGGAGAGAGCGAGUGCUGCCUGAGUGUGAGUGCAGAGAAGGAGAGAGUGAUGUCCGCUGUGAGAGUAAACAUUUUUAGUUCCUGUUAAGACAUCAGUUACACUUUCUGAGCUCUUAUCCUUCCUUGCUUUAGGAAAGUAAUACAUUGCUCACAGCAAACCAUGGGCCGGAACUGCUCAUUGACUCCAUACUGGCAUUAUAAAGGCAGUUUCAGAGCCAGUGGGAUUGGACAGAGACUGGUUCUCUAUUGCUGGGGAUAGGGGUUUGGUAGUAGGCCUGGGGUGACGUAUCUGUUAUCACAUCCCUGAUUCUCAUAUCAUACACAGUAUAUGUGCUGUCAAUUAAUAUCAGAUGCUGGGAACAAUGAUUGUGCUUGGCUAUGCGACAGAUCUAAGAUCUGCCUGAAAGUUUAAUUUUAAAUCAGUGAUGUUAAUGGUAACAGUCUCAGAAUGAAUUGUACACUGAUUUCUUAAUGCUAGUCAUGGCCUAAGACAGUUCCUGACAGAACGGGAACCCAAAAUGUGCAAAGAUGGGACAGCUGGCAAUGAUGUCUUAAACCUAGAUAAAAUACUGUAUCUUUAACUAGCACAACAUAUCCAGGAUUGGACAAUCCUCACAUCUGAAGGAAUUAACACAGACUAACAGGGUUAUCCACUAAAGUGAGGAUUCGAAGUGAAUUUAAAAUUUAAGGUCAAAGUAGCUGAAUUGGAAGAAUUCUCUAAGCUAGUUGUGCUUCCAUUUUGUAUACUUUUGACUUUGAAUUCUAUGGAGUAUUUCACAAGACCGCAGGAUCAUCCAUAGAUAGAGCUUCUUGAUCAGUGUCCGGCGUAGGAAAAAUACUGAGACAAAGUAGUCCCUAUUUUAUCUCCGUAUAUCUUUUGAUUGGAUUGGAAUUUCAGUGAUAUUUCAACAUGGUCAGUAUAGUAUUUCAUAAUAAUUUUAUCAUUAUCUCCUUUUGUGGGGCCAUUGGGGUGACGGUACUGCUUAAAAGUAAAUUUCAAAACUGAAGUCAAAUUAACCAAAUUGGAGAUAUUCUCUAAAUCGUCUGUGCUUCAGGAUUAGCUACUUGGGCCUUAAAGGACCACUAUAGGCACCCAGACCACUUCAGCUCAAUGAAGUGGUCUGGGUGCCAGGUCCCCCAGGUUUUAACUCUGCAACUGUAAACAUAGCAGUUUCAGAUAAACUGCUAUGUUUACACUGAGGGUUAAUCCAGCCGCUAGAUGCCGCUUCCGCGAUUUUCACAGUGAGAAGACGCUGACGUCCAUAGGAAAGCAUUGAGUACUUGCCAUGCAUUCGGAGCUGACGUCAGCAGGAGGAGGAGAGUUCCCCAGUGCCGAGGGAGCCCAGCGCUGGAGAAAGGUAAGUGGCUGAAGGGGUUUUAACCCCUUCAGCCCAGCGGGAGGGGGGCCAUGAGGGUGGGGGGGAACCUAAGGACUACAUAUCACUAUAGUGGUCCUUUAAAGUUGCUUUAACCAGGUACACAUACCACAUUUCACCAUGGUUGAGUCACCCUUCAUUUUGUAGGUUAAAUUACAUUUCUCCAUGAUAAGGUUGACAGGUCCAGUGGGUUGGCCAUUUGUCUGCUUAUUAGCAGCUGUGGGUCCUUCAGGUUUUUGAAUUGAAUGUUGCAUUUUUCAAUUCUUUACCAGCUAUUUAUCGCAGGCAUCCAGAAACCCACGUUCUCCAUAUGUGCUGAAGCUACUGAACAGGAUAUCCUGUGCAAUUAAAUACAAUUAACACGUUAAGCACCAAAUGCCACAUUAUAUUAAUGCAAGCUUCUAGCUGUAUUCCCGGUGUCAAAAAUUGAAUAUGACUUAUUUAGCUUGGCUGCUGUGUACAGAACUGGUACAGUGCCCGAUCAUUAAAUAGCAGAUUAUUAUGACAGCAUUGACAUAGUAAUUAUUACUUAAAGGACCACUAUAGGCACCCAGACCACUUCAGCUUAAUGAAGUGGUCUGGGUGCCUGGUCCAGCUAGGGUUAACCCUUUUUUUUUUUUUUUUUAUAAACAUAGCAGUUUCAGAGAAACUGCUAUGUUUACACUGAGGGUUAAUCCAGCCUCUAGUGGCUGUCUCAUUGACAGCCGCUAGAGGCGUUUGCGUGCUUCUCACCGUGAAAAUCACAGUGAGAAGACGCCAGCGUCCAUAAGAAAGCAUUGUAAAUGCUUUACUAUGAACUGGCUGAAUGCGCGCGUGGCUCCUGACGCGCAUGCGCAUUCAGCCGAUGGCGUUGCUAGGAAGGAGGAGAGGAGGAAAGCUCUCCGCCUUGCGCUGGAGAAAUGUAAGAUUUUAACCUCUUCCUCUCCCCAGAGUCCGGCGGGAGGGGGACCCUGAGGGUUGGGGCAUCCUCAGGGCACUAUAGGUCUGCUCACGCUGUUCGCUGUAAUUGUAAAUGGAUUGUAUUUUACUACACUCCGCAAGAAAAUGGGUAAACAUAAACUAAUAGUCUUUACAGUUUUAGACAUCUUUAGCACCCAAGGGCGCUGUUUGGGUCCAAUCUUAGCACAGUUACAUUGAUGUUCGCAAAGGAGGUUUAGCUGUCUGAUCUUGUUUAUUACUGCGAGAACUAUAUUUAAAUCUAUAUAAUUUGGUGACAUUGUAACUGUCAUGCAGUGAGUCAUGAUGUCACUUUGCCAGUAAUGAGCAUCAGUGACAUGUGCAUCUGUACAGAGGAAACAGAAAGGAGAAGUAGCUUAAGGAAGAAACUUUAAAAUAAAACUCAGAUACUCCUACAGCCUGUUACCACGCUGUGUAAAGCAUUCAAAAUAAUGUUUUAAGGGAUGGGGGGGUUUUUUGUGGUUUUUUUUUUUUUGAAUGAGCUGAUUUUGCUGUUGCAACGUGUUGGAUGUAACGUUAGCCAAAUACUUGCUUCAUAGGUUGGAUGGGGUAGAGGUUUAAACAUGUUAUGUUUGCAUCAGGUAACAAUUUAACAGUGAUUUUCUUUUUUCCAUUACUGUGUGUGUGUGUGUGUAUACAUGUACAAGAGCUGCGGGAUAAGUUGGCACCAUAUAAAGGCCAAUAAUAAUAAUAUUAUACACUAAAGCCGUUUAUAGUAUGUUGCAGUUUGUUCUGUUAAGUAACAGGACACCAGAAGGAUAAAUGUUCUGUGGGCAGUGUGUGUUGGAUCACGUCAUGGCAUUCUUUAUUUCUGGACAUGGGUAACAAAGAGGAAGGGAGAAAGCCCCGGUGUCGGGCAGGAGAGAGAGUGACAGAACAGCCAGUAGGCACGUAAUUCCUUAUCAUCCUCUUUCCAUUCUACGAGUAUAGGCAUAUAGUUUAAUGGGAGAGUUAGUAUUCUUCAUUAAUGAACACUUCUGCACAUAAACGCAGAGUAAUAUAAAUAAUGUCGUGCAAAAGAUCCAGAUCACUCUUGGCAACAGGACAAUUCUGGUUUAAUGUAGUGCUUCAGGUGCAAUGAGACUAUCGCUGAAGUCUUGGCAAAGUAAGCACUCUCUCAUCUGAGAAAUCAGACUUGCGGCUGGCUUGAGUUCUCAGUCCCUUCUCGAGGUUCAUAUUAGGACAGUUCUUUUACCGGGUGGGUGGCUAGCCUCUUGGGUGCUCUGUUUGGUUUUGCCAGCAAGGUAAAUGGGAAGUCCACAGAAUGGUGAAAAUAGUUUUUGUUUUUUUCGUUUUUGAGGUCCUUUGUAACACACACUCACUAUUUGUGCAUGUUUGUGUUUCUAACAGACCAUUCCUGAAAUGUAUUUUUAUUUAUCGGCAUGAUCUUUGGCUAUGUAGAUACCUAGUGAGGAACACUGUGUGCCUGGAGGCUGACAAUUGGCCUACAUACACAGAGCCAUUGAAUAAAGUGCCCAGGUUUGGUUGUAUAUGUGAUAAUAAAAUAUCAGAAUAAAUGAAGAUCCUAUUAAGUUCUGGCAAUCACUUUUUGAGGCUUUUAACUUUUCUAGGUAAUAAGGUAGAAGCAAUCAAAAUCUACCAUAGUUUCACACCGGAAAAGAAACCUAAAACAUGCACUAGUUUUGUGAAAAUCUGCUUUGUUGUGAUGGAAACGGCAACUAAUUUACAUUUUGUGGCAUCUUAAAUCACUUUACAGGAUCUUUACCACUUCAAAUAGACAGGAAACAAGUCAAAAUGGCCCAGUUUCCGAGCUGAUGCAACAUGUCUAAAGACAUAUCAUUAUAUAGCAGACAUCCUCCUGAAUGUCAGGGAUUGCCACCAAGCCGAACGGCCAGUGGACCUGCUCCAAUUGAUCAGCACCCAGCCUUUGGCAUUAUUUUAACUUCGACUUUUAGUGAAUUUACCAAAUUUAGUGUUAAAUUAGACUGCAGGUUUUUGACUGUCAACAUCACCAUUUUGUCUGAAAUGCCCUACCAAUGAACUGCAAUGAACCUCUUGGCACUUUAACUUCAGUUAUGGAUAAUUUUCAGGCACCUCUUGAUGCUGUGUCCGUUAUCACCGUUUUCCAAAGCCCAUCCAUCUUCUCAUUUGGAUGUCAGCAGGUGGCUGCUUGCCAUGCAUUUACUAGUUUUUCAGCGCUGCAAUGCUUGCCAAUUUUAUAAAUUUCUUAUGUCAGACUCAUUUGUGGACUCAGGAGUAGCCUAUCUUGUGGCAGCUGAUCCUCGCAGAAAGCAAAUCUCUUAACUCAGAAUCUAAACUCAGAACCCGGUCUGUUACCUACACUGGGAUAGCUCUUUGUUUCUAGAAUGGGAUUGAACACCACCCAAUCAGCCUUCCUUGUAACAACCACCUGUCGUCAUGGCGUUUGGGGAAACAAAACAAAGUGUGUCCUUAUGCCUAAGCACCUAAACAAAAACCCCCCAAAAAACCUAAUUUUUCUUUUAGAUGUAAAACUAGGAAGUGUUAACUCCUCCUUUGUCAUCCAAAUCUUUGUUGUGCAUCCACUCGGUGCUUCCGAUCAGAGGUGGCUAUCCCAAAUUAACUGAAAGUAAAGUUUUGACUGGGCUGUGACAGUCCUAAGAUCUCGGGACCUAGUCACGUGUUCUUAGAGGGGCCUGCUGGCCAGCCUCUUACCAAAAGACUAUGGGCCAUUUAAAAAAUAUGUGAACAGACUUGGUUCGUGGGAUUUUAUAUUUGGUUCGGGAACCGAACAGCCGCACGAACCGGAGACCACCCUGGAGCUUGUUAAGCUUGUUAAGCCUAAUUGCUACUAUGUAGUGUUCUAAGUGUUCAUCUGGGUGGCCGCAAUUCCUAUGGACGACCAUGAGGUGGCGGCCAUCUUGUUCGUAUGAACGCAGGCAGCGGUGUUUGGGCAUGAAUCUCAAGGAACUGAAAAUGGACACAGAAACUCCCGAACGCCGCUGGACUUCCAGCAUCGCCUGCUUUCGGUUCCACAACACUUAGAAAGCGCUGUCCAGUGGCAGGGUAAGACUAUUGACUAUUUUCGGUAGUUUGUUUGUUUUUAAACUACCGAACAAGACCGACUGCAAGCCCUGAUUCUCUGGAACUGUUUUGGGCAUGGGACCAUGCGGGCGUGCGGUCAAAAUUAAGACUUCCAGGAAAUUCCUGAACCCCUGAACUGAUCUGGGUGAUUUUUGGAUAUAUUGGUCACCCUGAUCAGGGCUAUAAGAGGAUGUGGGGUUUUUAUGUAUUUUUAGGGUACUUUUGGGGUGUUUGGGGAAAAAAUGGGUUUUUCUUUGCUUGGAGAUAAUUGGAUCCAAUUAUCUUUCAGGCACUAAAGAGGGAUUAUCUGAUUAUUUUUUUUGAUUUUUUUUUUUUUUUUUAAAUUUUUUUUUUUUUUUGUACAGAAAGGAGUUACACACAUGCCUGAGGUACCCCAACAGCAUUCCUCAGGCUGACCAUCACGUAUCACAGUUGUGUAACAGAUGAGACUGGCACAUUUUUAGAAGAUGAGAGUAAAGGAGGUAAUCAUGUCAGUACACAAAUUAUUAAACAUACUAGAUGUCAGGUCACAAGAGUAAGAACAAGUAUCUUAGGGAUUAUCUGAUUUUCUAUGGAAGUGUCCUUGACCUGAGAGCCAAUGUGAUUGUGUAUUUAUUUCUACUGUGGUUUACUUUCAGGUCCAGGGGGGAGUGCCCCUUGCUUGGGGACUGUCAUAAAAGGCCAUUUGUGGCUAUCAUUAAACUGAGAUUUGUUUUACCCUUAUGAAGUCUAGGCUCAUGUUUGGGGGAUUGGAGAGCUAUCUUCACUCUGGGGAUUGCUAUAAUCCCUAUACUCCCUUGGAUCACGACGAUUGCUUAUGUAAGAGCAGCCUGCUUCGCUCUGUGGACUAGGAGAAGUCUACCCACUGGAAGCUGGAUCCUGGUCUUGGGUCCAGGAUGGAUGGAAUACAGAGAGACCCCAACCAAGCUUUGUGUGGUUUACAGUGGUUAUGGUGUUCCAGUGCGGUGCUUAUGGUGCUCACGAGUACUAGGACGCAGCGAUUGACGGAGGUACUCGGUCGAGGAGCCAGGCAGUCUGUCACAUUACCAUUCCAAACCAUUGAGAACGGCUGCUCCAUAUACCUCAUUGAGCAGGGCCCUCCGCCUCUCUGUUCCUGUACGUCCAGUUGUCUGGUUACAAUUACAUGUCUGUUAAUCCACCCAUUGUACAGCGCUAUGGAAUCUGAUGGCGCUAUAUAAAUAAUAACAUACCAUAAAUCUGUGCUUGACAUGGCUUAAUGGGAAAACCCUUAGACUAGAAUGAGAGGCCUCUGAUUGGUUUAGCCUUUUCCUGGUCUGGGAAGUGCUUGCAGCCUUGCUGCUUAUGUGCUGAAAUAUUUAUAUAAUUAAGUUCUAGUUCCUUAAAUGAGUAUCUACAAUCUGUCCCAAACCAGGUAAUAUACAGUUAUAGACUGUGUAUUAAACUCGGCAGGGCCUCACGUACCCAGCGAUCUUGACAAUUUCUAAUGCUUUCUAUAACUUAAUACUAAAAACAGAGCAGUCUAUGCAGCCAAUCUAAGAAGUGGACAAUGUGAGUCUUUUUGCUUAUAACCUAUGGUUCAUAUAUACCAGCACUACACCUUAUGUAUCCCUGCUGGUUUAAUUAGAGUGGGGGCACCAUAAAAUAUUUCCUGUUACAUUAAAGGACUAUUCCAAAUACCAUAGCCACUACUGCCUGUUAAACUGGUUACUGUGCCAGGAGUUCCCCGGUGCUGUCCCACAGUAAGUAGUUGAACCUUUUUUAGUGCGGUUUGACAGCUUACCUGGGUCCCAGUGGAAUGUAGUGCGUAUGGUGCCAGGAGUUCCCCGGUGCUGUCCCACAGUAAGUAGUUGAACCAUUUUUAGUGCGGUUUGACAGCUUACCUGGGUCUCAGUGGAAUGUAGUGGUUAUGGUGCCAGGAAUUCCCCGGUGCUGUCCCACUGUGAGUAGUCGGUUUUAUGCCAUUUGAGAGAGCCUAUAUUGGUGAAACACGUAAUGGUUAUUUUAUAUUGUGUAUUUUUAGAUCAUUAACCCCUUCAGGACGGAGUCAAUAGUACACGUUCUGAUCAAAACAAAAUGUAAACAAAAACUGGAAUUUGCGCUAUAUGUCUGUUCAACCGUAAUUCACCACUGUCACUUUAGUGCACCCACACUUAUUAUAUAUCAUUUUGUUCAGGAGAAACAGGGCUUUAAUUUAUCAUUAACUAUUCAUAUAUGGAACAUAAUUUAUUAUGCAUAAAAUUUUAUAAAACGGGAGAAAAUUUGAUUUUUUUUUUAUUUUUUUUUAAAUUUGUAUUUCCGUCUGACAUUUUAGCUGUGGGGGCUAGCUUAAUGUGUGUCAGGGACGACCUAAAAGAGGCUUACCCUCACUUAACGUGUUGAUUGCAAAAGAAAGGAUUCCAGGGGGAAACACCACCCCUGGAGUCACAAGAUAGGAAGUCCCUCAAAAGUCCACAUGUGUGUAGUUAAAACAUAACUUUUAUUGACCACUAUAAAUAAAACUAUAAAUAAUGAAAAAAACAAAAAAUAAAGCUAAAAGGAAGGAAAUAUAAUGAAAAAAAUGAUAAUGAAAAAAAUCACUUAUACAUAGGAGAGUUACCCUAAAACUAUAGUCACCGAAGGAGCCAAUACCAUCAUGGGAAAUAACUCCUAUCCUAUAUACAAGUGCCGUAAUGAGAAAUAGUAGGACAGGCUAACGUGCAUUGGGGGUACAAAACCUAUAUGAAUAACGCAUGUAGAUAAAAAAUCUACAGCUACCCAAAUGCCUCUACUAGGAUCCUAUAUCCUUAGAUUAUCAGAGGUCGUUCUAUCCUACUAAAUGUGGUUUGAGUGAAUUGCUAAAAGUCACCAAAGGAAAGUAGCAACCAAUAGAUACAAAUAGCAAAACAUCUCAUAAUGUAUUUCUUUUAGCUCUAUUUUUUUUUGUUUUUUUCAUUAUUUAUCUUUUGAUCUUGAUCUUUUGUUCUAGUGAGACUUUUGGGACUAUUUUAUGUUACUUUAUUGGCGCAGCCUUACUUCAUCUUUUUGUAUGGUUUGACAGCUUUCCUGGGUCCCAGUGGAAUGUAGUGGUUAUGGUGCCAGGAGUUCCCCGGUGCUGUCCCACAGUAAGUAGUUGAACCAUUUUUAGUUACCUGGGUCCAGGUGUGCUGUAGUGGUUAUGGUGCUUGGAGCGUUUCUUUAAAACAGGAGCAAAUUGUAUGUAAGUGUCUAGCAGUCAAGAUAUCUGUGUGCUUUCAACUAACACUGAACUAAAGGUCGCCUCUAAUCUAUCUCUCAUGUAACAUUUGUGCACCUUUUACAAAUGAAUGAACAGGUCAAGGGGAGAUGACACAUUGUUUACAUAAUUUUGGGUUAUUUGUAAAGAGUGUGUGAGCCAAGUUCUAAAAAUUGAGUUGUUGCCGUCAAAAGCUGCGGAAUGUUUUUUGAUUGCUCUACUGUUUAGAACAAAACCCCAGAAUUUUUAUAUAUAUAUAUAUAUAUAUUAUUCCUGAUACGUUUCUUGUUAUUGUAACUGGCUACAUUUAUUGUAUUAUCGGAUAUAGCGGGAUUCCUUUACCCCCGUACAUUCAGAGAGAUACCUGGGGUGCCUUUCUUUGUAUACUCCCUCCUGUUUGUGACAUAAUAAAUCUCGGUGUCCCUUGUUGGUAAUGCCACCAGCAGAUUGGCUUGCAGUAUUUUAGAAAGCUGAAGCAUGGUGCAGUGUUUGCAUAUUUUGGUAAUCUAAGGAUUUUACUCCUGGUACAGCUAUGUGUGGGGACUUUGUCUCCAGAGCCCCAGAGCGGUGGUCUGUAUUCUGUAAAUUCCCAAGACUUUCUGCACGCAGCUGGUUAUGUCACAAGGUUGAGCUAUUGGCCAUUUCUCUUCUCUUUAAUUUGUUUUUUGGAUUUUUUCCAUACCCCAGGCUAUUCUGCUGAGAUGUUUUACAGGCCUAGGCCUGUCUUUGACCCAUGUUUGAGAUAACUAGACCCCCUGCUUGUUAUGAAUUUCUGACACCGCAUAUCUUUAUUUAACCCCUAUGGCUCCCCCCUGCACUCUUUAACAUCAUGUUUGGAAAUGGAUUCUCUCCUCAUAUUGGCUCAUCCAUGAAUAGCCAACUGCCUACAGACACCCAUCACCCUGCUAUAUAAUUAUCCAGAGCAAAAAUAUAAACAGACACAGUCCGUAUGAGAAAGGUAGAUUCUAAUUCACUUUUAAUGUGAAAUUUGUAAUAGCCAUGUGGUUUUUUUCUUGUGAAAAUAUGGCUGAAGCAAAGUCUAUCAUUAAAGAUCCAACUUGGUCAAUCUUUCUAUUGCUCAGUCCUUGGACACUCGGCAAAGAACAAUUAAUUCUAGGAGACUGUUAUCAUACAAAUUCAUUCAAACAUUCUCAAAAAAAUAAAUAAAAAAAUAUACAAAUAGCCAGACACCAGAUGGGAGGCAACAGUACCCCCAUGUUAUAGGUGAACGCUAUUUACCAUGAUUUAUAAUACUAUGCAAGCAGGCCCCCGUCUAAUCCCUGGGCCCUAGGCAGCUGCCUAGAGUUGCCUUAUGGUUAAUCCUGGUCUGCAGGUGGGCAGUUCAUUAUAACAGAAGGGAGCUUGGGAAUGUGUUUCCUACUGUACCCAUGGCCAUUGCUAUGUGAAGUAGAUAGCUUUGGCAAAUGAUAAUUCGGUGGGGGAGAUGCUCACAGGCGUAGAGGGUGUUAAUGUGCUGGGCCAGGUGUGAAUGGGAUUUUGACUGGGGGGGUUGGGAGGGAUGUGCGACAUUGUCCUCCAAACCAUUGCUUGUGUGCUGCUUCUGCACAAUAGUGAGCACAAUAAAUACAAAGGAAAGGCUAAUUAUUGACUUGCGAUUCUUAGUUGAAGCUCUGUGGCGCUGGUCCCUGUAUUCUGAAAUUCCAGUUAAAUAAAUAGUCAUUGUGGAAAUCUGGGCGCUCUCAAGCAGAUACUUUAAAAUGUUCUCCUGAAAAAGUGCUGUUUAUGAAAGUGCUAAUGCGAUAACAUGUGGCAGAUCAUGUCUAGCAGGAAAAAUAUUAAAAAUAAUACACACCCUGCAAAACACUUUGUAGAAGGGGGGGGGGGGAAAUCUGGAAAAAGCCAAUAGUCACUCAGGAUUUUCAGGAAAUUCAGGAUUUAUUAAUUUUUGAAAUUGAACCAAAGGAUUGACAUUAAGGAGUACUCACAUUUUUUACAAAUAAAUACAUUUAUUUAUAACUCAGAAGUGCACAUACAUUUGAUUGUUUAGAUAUAGGGUUUCCUCCCAAAAAACUUCUUUACCUCUAAUCCACUGGUUAGAUGGUGGUCUCACUCAAACUCCACUCAUCUCCCCAGGAGAUCAAAAGGAUUCGGAAGAAGGCCGCAUGCUCACCAUUUUCUAUAAAAUUCUGAAUAUGUUCCUUACAGUGCCCCUGGUACUAGUUUAUAUAAAAAUGCAAUAAACAUUUCUAAAAUAAAGGUUUUUCAAGCACCGGGACUUAGUUGGUACUGCUUACUUCAUCUCCUGCAACAUCAUGGAGGAGGCAUGGCUUCCUCCAACGUGGUCCGAUAAAAUGCUCUUCAUAGAGGAGCAUUGGGGACCUAAUGUGCAUGCGCAGAGAGUGCCGUAUGCACAUCCAAGCUUCCUCAUAGUAAAGCAUUGAUUUUAAUGCUUUCACAUCACAUAGCAUCAGUAUGACAGACACUAAAGGUGGAUUUAACCCUUCAAUGUAAACAUUGCCGUUUCUUAAAAGGCAGGGUUAAAAGGACAUGAUCACUGCUCCCAGACCACUUCAUUAACAUGUAGUGACCUGGGAGACUUUAGUGGUUCUUUAAUUUAACUUUUAAAACCGAGGAAUCUACACCAUUUAAAAAAUUUAAAUUGAUUUUAUAUAUAUAUAUAUUUAAUCUCACAUCAUUAGAGCAGGAAGGAUACAACAAAAUAUGCAAUAAUACAGGUGAAAACAUACAGUCCGCAUAAAGGAGGCUAUAUAGAGAUUUCCUGUGUUUUUUAAAAAGUUAUCUGAUUAUCAAAUUUAGUUACAUAUUUAAACAAAUAGUUGUUACAAAUGAGAUAAAUACCUUUUAUGGAUAUGUUUUAACUGACACAAAUGCAGGUUGUAUUUUUGUAUUAAUAUUAAAGAAACAGUUUAUAGAGUAUAUCCUGCUAUCCUGUACACUGUAGUGGAGGCCACCAAUCAGUAGUCCCUCAUUUUAUUCUAGUUUUUACAAAUUGAUGCAAUUAUCUCUCAGAACCCUAAUCAGUACAAUAUUGCAAAGUUGUUAUGGUGCUUAGAGCUGCGCUAUAAUUAUGUUUAUCUUUAUCUUAUAAUAGAGUAUAUAUCUAUUUAACUUUACAGCAUUGAACUUUUCAUAACCAUACAGUUUUAAUUUACAAAAUAAAUAUAUUGCAUGAUGAUAAUUAUAUUGCUCUUUAAUAUAACACUAUAAUAAUAUUGCGGCAUGCACAGCUUGGAAAUUAGUAACAUUGUCCGACAUGAGUAAGGCUUUCUGCGUUAAUUUAAUAUUCUUUACUUAUAUAGCGCCAACAUAUUCUGCAGCGUAUUACAGCUAUACAAGAGGGAUAGGAUAUGUUAUUCUGUAAAAUGAUCUGUUACUAAGCAUCCAAUAAAUGCCCAUCUUAAUAAAGUUGUUUUAAUUUGCUGUGAAGUUGGGACAUACUGGUACAGAGCCCCCUCAGUUCCCUAUAUAUAUGUGUGUGUGUGUGUGAAGGAAGGAAGGAAGGGGCUGUGUGUCUGUAACCGCAGUGUGGGUGCAGCUGCUGUGACGUUUGCCAGGGCUGAGUGACAGAUAAUAUUCUCACUGCCUGGAAGACGUAUGAUACUUUAUCUCUUCCUGACCACCCUUUUCCAUGUUGGCCAAUGCACCCUGCGCCAAGCACCAUGGCCCUCCAUGCCAGAUACAUAUAGUUACUUAAUGGAUAUUAUUAACUGGUCAUUGCUAAGAUUUGUUUGUGUGCUAUGGAGUUGGGUGGCACUUUAUGAGUAACCGUAUAAAGUAGGCAUAUACAUUUUUUUGUAAAUAAAACCUUAUCGAGAAAAAAAAGUAAAAGUGUCCUUGGGAAGUACAAAGUGUCACGGUAUGCAGCUUUGUGCAUAUCUUUCUGUGUGUACCUGGACAUCUCCCCCGUUGGAUACCUGUAAUGUGUGCACCUGAAUGUGCUCCUGUACAUACCUGUGAAUUUGCAGCUGUGGCGUUCGUGUUUCUGUGCACACCUAUGGUGUGUGUGCCUGUAUGUGCUCCUGUGCACACCUGUGGUGUGUGUGUGUGCCUGUAUGUGCUCCUGUGCACACCUGUGGUGUGUGUGUGUGUGUAUUUGUAUGUGCUCCUGUGCACACCUGUGGUGUGUGUGCACCUGUAUGUGCUCCUGCGCACACCUGUGGUGUGUACCUGUAUUUGCUUCUGUGCACACCUGUAUGUGCUGCUGCGCACACAGCUGCUGCUGUGGUGUGUGUACAAGUAUGUGGUCACGUGCAGAUCUGUGGUGUGUGUGUACCUGUAUUAUUAUUUAUAAAGUGCCAACAAAUUUUCCAGUACUGUACAAUGGGAUGUGUUCUCGUGCAUACUUGUGGUGUGUAUGUGUACCUGUAUGUGCUCGUGUGGCAUGUACCUGUUUUGUGUUCCGUUGCAAGUGUGGUAUGUGUACCUGUAUGUGCUCUGUUCAUACCUGUGACGUGUUUACCUGUAUGUGCUGUGUGUAUGUGUAUAUUUAUUUAUAAUAUACACCCUGUGUAUGCCUGUGAUUUUUUUCUGUUUGUCUCUUCCCCUGCAUUCCAGUGGCGGUAUGCUCCCUGUGUAGGCUUGCCUGUGUAUACCUGUCUCUCCCUGAAUGUGCUGAUGUUUCUAUAGCAGCCUGUGUACAUUAAAUAAGCCCAGCUGUUAGAUUCCACAAACUAUCCCUGUGGGAGUGUUACCUAGAGCCAGACACCAUGAUAACAUCCCCCUUUACAUAUUACACCUUGUAAACCUGCAAACACUGCAUUCUCCUCCGUCCUGUCGGUGCUGCAGGGGUUAAGUUUUUGGGUCAGAGCCUUAGUGUGACAGGAACAGGGUGUGACACUUUCAGUCCCCCCCCCCUCCCUGGGGCAGUGUGACGUGUUGCCCCAGACUCUCCUCCCCAGCCUGGGUUUGCAGCUGUCAGUUCUGAAAGUCUGAGAUCAGUGACAAUUUCUUCCUGGGUCUGAACUUUACAAACCCCACGAAGCAGCUCGUUUCUGGAGCCUUGUUUACCAUCCAGGAGGGCACCAAACCAGGAGAAUGGUGCUAAUUACUGACGGUGAGUUAUGGCAAUAGGUGUUAAAAGCUUUACAAAAGCUCUCUAUUCGCUACCUAUGAAAUCCGCAGAACAAUACAAUAUUUUACAGAAUUAUGUGUCAUACAUAAUCGCUUUAGACGUGUCUGAAAUUCAGCACUAAGGUAUUCGUUUUAUAUGGUGUUAUUAGACUGUAAAUUGUCCUGAGUAGAGCCAUUCUUUGUUUUCAUUUCACGUAAUGCUCGUUUUGUUAGCUUGUAACCCUGCUAAAGGUUGGAGGUUUACAAUAAGUGAGUGUGUUUUGGGGAUAAGAUGCCAGCUGUACAAUGCUGUGAUGGUGGAAAAUGAUCGCUUAAGGUGUAUUGGUCUAUUGUCUGGGAGAACCGGUUUUUAGGGGGGCUGGUCUGUUACACCCCAUAUCGAGAGAGCUAAUUAUACUGAUAUACUGAAUAGGACAAGGAGUUCCUAAAAAAAUUAACGUGAAUGUGCUUUCCGGUUUGCGUUUAAGGGAGUUAACUCCUCUGCUUGUUUUAAUUAAUUUAAGAGUAUCUGGAUAAGGUCCUCGGUUAACCCAGUCUAGGAAACGCAGUAGAAUCUUAUUCUACAUAAUCUCUUUAUUUAAACAAAGCACGUCUUUUUAUCUGGCGGGUUUAAUAUUUAUUUUAAAGCUAUCGGUUCAAUGUUGACAUAUUAAAUAUCAGCCAAUAAUUCAGAAAUUUUCAAUGUGUAAUAAAUCCCUCCCCACGUCUUAUUAAAUUAAUAAAAAAGUGACAAUUAAAGUCCUUUUGAUACCUACAUAUUCGUUUAUUUAAUGCAACACUUAUGACGGUUCCUUGAAUGAAAUAUAGUUUAUACGAUUCCCUUAUUAAAUGCAGCGUAAGCGCGCGUAUUCUGUGUUACUCCGAUUAGUAAGUUUUGUUGAAUAAGGUAUAAUGUGGUUUAAGAGAUUGGUGGUUAAGGUAAAGUGAAGGUCAGCAUUGAGUCUUCCAGCUGCUAUGAGACUAUAGCUUUCUUCUCCUGAUCUAGGAGGCUGGAUAAGGAUGAUGGGAGCCGCAGUUUAGGAAGAGAGGAAGGGGGCUCAAGCUUGUACAAUAUUGGGGGUGUAAUGCAAAAGUAUUUGUUUCUAAUUUCUGAGAAUUGAAUAUAGCAUACGACAAUGAAACAACUGUAGGCGUAAGCAGAGAGCGAAACAGGUAGUUGAAUUACUAAACUCUGCAUCACUUCCCUGAUUGUGACACAAUGUGCGCUGUUAGACGCGCAAACAGCAUAGUGUGUAAGAGUGUGAUCUGUAGGGAAUUCAGAAUCAUUUCAAAGGGAAUUUCAAAUUCUCGUCCAAAAAUAGCUGCACUGAUAAUAACAUGGCUCGAUCAGAGAAGCUGGAUUUUACACUUCAGUAAUUCGGGCCUAAAGUUUGAAUUCCUGACAUUUCACGCUUGGUGAAUAAUGCGGUCACUUAGUCCAUACAUCUGAAUUGCAACGUUUUUAAAUUUCUAAAACUAGCAUGAAUUGCUGGCAUAAAACAAUUCACUGUUUUCGCCCUGCUAAUCAAAAUUUAUGGUAAGUGGGCGUCCCUGUGCUCCGCUUAUGAAUAACUUGACGUUUUAGGCCAGAGCUGUGGAGCUGUUUUGGCUCAGCCAGAGUUGGCGAAAUGUGGCAUUUGUGACUGCUGGUGCCCGCGUAGGCGUCGCUUCUAUGAGCUCGGAGCCGCGCAGGCGCCGCUUUUGUGAGGCCGAGCCGCGCAGGCGUCGCUUCUGUGAGGCCGGAGCCGCGCAGGCGUCGCUUCUGUGAGGCCGGAGCCGCGCAGGCGUCGCUUCUGUGAGGCCGGAGCCGCGCAGGCGUCGCUUCUGUGAGGCCGGAGCCGCGCAGGCGUCGCUUCUGUGAGGCCGGAGCCGCGCAGGCGUCGCUUCUGUGAGGCCGGAGGCCGCGCAGGCGUCGCUUCUGUGAGGCCGGAGACCGCGCAGGCGUUCUCGUUUAUUCUUUUUGCAUCUGGCAGAUUCUGAAUUAAACAAAGAAUGAUUUUAAGAUUCUUGGGAACUAAAAGGGAUAUCCACUAAAGUGAGGAUUCAAGGUGAAUUCUACGUAAAUUUAAGCUCAAAAUUCCUGAACUGGGAAAAGUUACCUAUGCUAUCUUUUUGGCUACUCUGGCCUUACACUUGAAAUUUCCUUUAAAUUCUCCCUUUAGUGAAUUCCCCUUGUAAAUACACUAUCAAAAUGGCCCAGAAUGCAUAUCUGAAACUUUUAUCCUAAUCGAAAACAUUUUUCCAAUGUGCAUAUUUAUGGGUUGCAAAAUAAACCUGCAGUGUGCCAGAGUGUUGAGCAAUUUAUUCUCCUCUAUCACUAAAAAAUGUUAACGUACAUUAUUACAUCAGCCAACUUCUGUUUUAAAUUGAUUGUUAGUGUUAGAAAAAUGUGUGCUUGCAAUGCAAAACACCGACCGUGAACAACUGCACCCUCAAAAAAAGUGCAUGGCUUGCAUGCUUUCAUGACAGGUGCUCUCUAAGAGAAAUCCAUAUUGUGGACGGUUUGGUGGGAACCUUGGGCCUGCACCACGUGUUUCCGUGGCAGUAACUGGCCCAAUAAACACAUUGCAAAAUACUACAUUUCCUCUGCUCCCCAGCCCUGCUUUAUGAAGGCAAUGUUUAACGUUUAUUUUUAUUUAAUCUAUUAUAGAUAACUCUAAAAGUAUGAGAGAAUAAAAAGAUGUGCUCGCUACAAUUCACAAUCAAAAAUAUAUGGAAAUCUAACAAAGUGAGGCUUUGCUUCGUUUAAAAAAAAAAAAAUAAACCACUUUAAUCUUAACGUUAAAUAUUGCAAUUUGAAUCUUCAGAAAUUUUUUGGGGCAAAAUGAUUUAAUAUAAGGGGGGCAGCCAUUAUUAUUUUUAAUUUGAUUUAUAAGAAAACACGGCUGGUAAAUAGUUGUGCUAACUGUUCAUCUUUCUGCCUCUAUAUUAGUGAAUAAAAACAUAUUUUGCGAGAAUAUUUCUUGUUAUUCGCUUUAAUAAAUAAUUUACAGUCAGAAUAACGUUGAGAUGACGCAGAACCAGUUUAUUAAAAGGACACCAAGGACUGAUAGUUAACCACCAUUUUUAGUGCACUUUAUUGAUAAGGGUCAUUAUAACGUAUUGGUUUUUGUUCCCCUCGACUUUUUUUGCUUGCGUCACAGGGAAAGAGGUGCUGUGUGGUUUUAUUUUUUAAAUUUUAUUUUAAGGUAGUUAUGGCCCACCUUUUUUUUUUUUUUUUUUUUAAGAAAGCAAUGAUGACUGGGCCAUCUAAUCUUGCCAACACGGUAUCCUAUAUCUCCAUUUGUCCAAAGACUUGCCCGUCCAUCGCAUCUCUGCCUGUGAUUCCAAUGUUCUAUAUAUUUGCUUGGGAAUAAACAGCCAUUCACCCACUCAGUCUGUGGGUGUAGCAAUCAGCUGUAGAAUAAAAGGCUCCCCACCUAUCUGUUAUUAUAUAUGGCACAGCCGGCAGAGUGCUUUAAACAAUGCUCCAUGCACCUGCCGAUCAGCGAGCAGCCGCUCCUGGGCCUUGCGAGGGCGUAUAUUCUACCACCUUUAUUGAUUUACUCAGGGAGAUGCAUUGUUUUACUGCUAAGUAACGUAACAUUUAGAAUAAGCCUCUUAAUAAUGCAUGAUAUAAUUGGUAAAAUCACACCGGGCACAUACCCACGGCUGUUGUAUUUAGGUCACGGCUGGCUGAUUAGCAGGGAGAGGUAUUUCUUAGGGGAGGCAGUCAUCAUGCCAUAACCUACAUCUGGCACCGUCUAUACUCAAAUCAAAGAAUAGAGUAAUGGCCUUUAAACAGGGAUUUCCAAUGAUGCUGUGUUGGGUAUCCUGACAUACAAAAUGGCUGUAUCUUGCAUGCCCCCACUGCGUGUGCCAGUUAAAGCAUCAUGCGAAUGUUCAGUGGGAGAUUGGGACAUUUAAGACCAACUUUCCAAUGUACCAGCAGCACCGAAAUAGAUUAAUUCUCAUGUAUCUGUCAUUUUUAUUGAAACUCUAGUCUACUGAGUUAGUGGAUGAAAUCCUUAACGCGGAGCAACUAAUUUCUACACCGCAGUAAGUGCUAAUGAAAACUAAAAAAACCAAAACAAUAAACUAUAACAAACAAACAUUUACCUCUAAAAUUUGUGUGUUUGGGACAACGUAACUUCCACUUUAAAUCCAUGUGCUCCCAGGUUUGUCCAUUGAAAUGCCCACUGAGAGCAUGAGUGAUAUGGUGCAUUGCACUGUGGGAGUUAUAUUAAUUUGCAUAGUGUGCUCUAGCUGUGCCAGGGCAGCCAUGCAUUGAAUGUAAUUUAAAAACUGUUGACUUGCUAAUGUUUUGUUUUAGUUACUAUGAGGCUGUACAUGUAAUCCCUGGCCAGUUAGUGAGUCCUUUCUGAAGGCUGUGGUUAAACAGUCAGUAAAUUCCUGGUGGUAACGUUGUCAAUCUAUUUAACAGCUGCCUUCAGCAUUCUGUUCUGAGUGUAUCAGCUGAUUAUUCACAGUUCUCCUCUAAACCCCAUUGUACAGGGCUGUCCACCCAACAUUUAUAUUAUAUUCACAUGGUCCAGGAGACGUGGAAUGGCCUUUCAGUGGAUCGUUCUGGCUACCAGUGAUAUAUAAAGAGUAGUAGACACCUGGAAAUGCCAGUGGACACAAAUCAAUGUCAACACAAUAAACAUAAAAAGGCCCUUUCCAUGCUUUCCGGUGCUCGUUUAGGUGGGAACUAUCAAACCGUCUCCAAAGAAUGGAAAUUGGCAACUCAAGCUGGGGCAAGAGGAUGUCCAAGUUCAAUGAUAACAUGUUUAAAAAUCUUCUAAGCUGAAACAAUGUAGUUUUGGGCCUGUCUGUCCCCCCAAUAAAAUUAAUGCUUCCUCUUUGUUACCCAUCAAUUCUGCUUUUACAAGCCUGGAAGCAGUAAAAGCUAACAGUGAUAUAGAAAGGGUAGUAGAUACCUGGAAUAGCCUCUGGGGGCUGGUGAUAUGGAAGCCCCCCCCAUUGCUGGGUAACUCUGGGGGCAGGUGAUAUGGAAGCCCCCCCCCCCCAUGCUGGGUAUCUCUGGGGGCUGGUGAUGUGGAAGCCCCCUGUGCUGGGUAUCACUGGGGGCUGGUGAUGUGGAAGCCCCCCAUUGCUGGGUAUCUCUGGGGGCUGGUGAUAUGGAACCCCCCCCACCCCCCUGUGCUGGGUGUCUCUGGUGGCUGGUGAUGUGGAAGCCCCCCUGUGCUGGGUAUCUCUGGGGGCUGGUGAUGUGGAAGCCCCCCUGUGCUGGGUAACUCUGGGGGCUGGUGAUAUGGAAGCCCCCCUGUGCUGGGUAACUCUGGGGGCUGGUGAUAUGGAAGCCCCCCUGUGCUGGGUAUCUCUGGGGGCUGGUGAUAUGGAAGCCCCCCUGUGCUGGGUAUCUCUGGGGGCUGGUGAUAUGGAAGCCCCCUUGUGCUGGGUAUCUCUGGGGGCUGGUGAUAUGGAAGCCCCCCCUGUGCUGGGUAUCUCUGGGGGCUGGUGAUAUGGAAGCCCCCCUGUGCUGGGUAUCUCUGGGGGCUGGUGAUAUGGAAGCCCCCCUGUGCUGGGUAUCUCUGGGGGCUGGUGAUGUGGAAGCCCCCCCUGUGCUGGGUAUCUCUGGGGGCUGGUGAUGUGGAAGCCCCCCUGUGCUGGGUAUCUCUGGGGGCUGGUGAUGUGGAAGCCCCCCCUGUGCUGGGUAUCUCUGGGGGCUGGUGAUGUGGAAGCCCCCCCUGUGCUGGGUAUCUCUGGGGGCUGGUGAUAUGGAAGCCCCCCUGUGCUGGGUAUCUCUGGGGGCUGGUGAUAUGGAAGCCCCCCCUGUGCUGGGUAUCUCUGGGGGCUGGUGAUAUGGAAGCCCCCCCUGUGCUGGGUAUCUCUGGGGGCUGGUGAUAUGGAAGCCCCCCUAUGCUGGGUAUCUCUGGGGGCUGGUGAUGUGGAAGCCCCCCCCCCGUGCUGGGUAACUCUUGGGGCUGGUGAUGUAGGUACCAUUGCCCGGGUAAUGCUGCCAGGGGCCCCAUGGCUGUGGCAGGGGAAGGGUUAAGGGGGUCGCACCGUGUGCGCAAGUCUGAUCCCUCCUCCCGGCCUGUGAGUGAGGAGGAGCCGCUCCGGGACCGUUAUCGCCGCUUCUCGCAUCCUUCCUAUUUAUCAUCUGUCAAGGGAGGGCCCCGGGCCCCCAGCCCAUCCUGUGCCAUGGCGGUGGGUGAGACCCUGGACAGAGCCUGGCAGGAUAUCCACAGCAUGGGCAUGGGGGGCCCCCUGACUGCCUGACCCCCCCAGGGACCACAGGAGCCACAGCCUGGGGAAGGUAGGUAGUCAUGGAGGGAGUACUGACAGUUCAAUACCAGGACCCAGUGCCAGGCUGGGGAAGGUAGGUAGUCAUGGGGGGACUGACAGGUGAAUAUCAGGACCCAGUGCCAGGCUGGGGAAGGUAGAUAGUCAUGGGGGAGUACUGACAGGUGAAUAUCAGGACCCAGUGCCAGGCUGGGGAAGGUAGGUAGUCAUGGAGGGACUGACAGGUGAAUAUCAGGACCCAGUGCCAGGCUGGGGAAGGUAGGUAGUCAUGGAGGGAGUACUGACAGGUGAAUAUCAGGACCCAGUGCCAGGCUGGGGAAGGUAGAUAGUCAUGGGGGAGUACUGACAGGUGAAUAUCAGGACCCAGUGCCAGGCUGGGGAAGGUAGGUAGUCAUGGGGGGACUGACAGGUGAAUAUCAGGACCCAGUGCCAGGCUGGGGAAGGUAGGUAGUCAUGGGGGAGUACUGACAGGUGAAUAUCAGGACCUGUGCCAGGCUGGGAAGGUAGGCAGUCAGUGGGGGAGGACAGGUAGUAUCACCCAGUGCCAGGCUGGGAAGGUGCAUGGUAGUGAAUAUCAGGACCCGUGUGCCAGGCUGGGGAAGUACAUGGGAGGACUGACAGGUGAAUAUCAGGACCCAGUGCCGGGCUGGGGAAGGUAGGUAGUCAUGGAGGGACUGACAGGUGAAUAUCAGGACCCAGUGCCAGGCUGGGGAAGGUAGGAAGUCAUGGGGGGACUGACAGGUGAAUAUCAGGACCCAGUGCCAGGCUGGGGAAGGUAGGUAGUCAUGGGGGAGUACUGACAGGUGAAUAUCAGGACCCUGUGCCAGGCUGGGGAAGGUAGGUAGUCAUGGGGGGACUGACAGGUGAAUAUCAGGACCCAGUGCCAGGCUGGGGAAGGUAGGUAGUCAUGGGGGGAGAACUGACAGGUGAAUAUCAGGACCCUGUGCCAGGCUGGGGAAGGUAGGUAGUCAUGGGGGAGUACUGACAGGUGAAUAUCAGGACCCAGUGCCAGGCUGGGGAAUGUAGGUAGUCAUGGGGGUGUACUGACAGGUGAAUAUCAGGACCCAGUGCCAGCCUGGGGAAGGUAGGUAGUCAUGGGGGAGUACUGACAGGUGAAUAUCAGGACCCAGUGCCAGCCAGGGGAAGGUAGGUAGUCAUGGAGGGAGUACUGACAGGUGAAUAUCAGGACCCUGUGCCAGGCUGGGGAAGGUAGGUAGUCAUGGGGGGACUGACAGGUGAAUAUCAGGACCCUGUGCCAGGCUGGGGAAGGUAGGUAGUCAUGGGAGUACUGACAGGUGAAUAAUAGGGACCCAGUGCCAGGCUGGGGAAGGUAGGAAGUCAUGGGGGGACUGACAGGUGAAUAUCAGGACCCAGUGCCAGCCAGGGGAAGGUAGGUAGUCAUGGAGGGACUGACAGGUGAAUAUCAGGACCCAGUGCCAGGCUGGGGAAGGUAGGUAGUCAUGGGGUGACUGACAGGUGAAUAUCAGGACCCAGUGCCAGCCAGGGGAAGGUAGGUAGUCAUGGGGGAGUACUGACAGGUGAAUAUCAGGACCCAGUGCCAGGCUGGGGAAGGUAGAUAGUCAUGGAGGGACUGACAGGUGAAUAUCAGGACCCAGUGCCAGGCUGGGGAAGGUAGGUAGUCAUGGGGUGACUGACAGGUGAAUAUCAGGACCCUGUGCCAGGCUGGGGAAGGUAGGUAGUCAUCGGGGGACUGACAGGUGAAUAUCAGGACCCUGUGCCAGGCUGGGGAAGGUAGGUAGUCAUGGGGGGACUGACAGGUGAAUAUCAGGACCCAGUGCCAGGCUGGGGAAGGUAGGUAGUCAUGGGGGAGUACUGACAGGUGAAUAUCAGGACCCAGUGCCAGCCAGGGGAAGGUAGGUAGUCAUGGAGGGAGUACUGACAGGUGAAUAUCAGGACCCAGUGCCAGGCUGGGGAAGGUAGAUAGUCAUGGAGGGACUGACAGGUGAAUAUCAGGACCCAGUGCCAGGCUGGGGAAGGUAGAUAGUCAUGGAGGGACUGACAGGUGAAUAUCAGGACCCAGUGCCAGGCUGGGGAAGGUAGGUAGUCAUGGGGUGACUGACAGGUGAAUAUCAGGACCCUGUGCCAGGCUGGGGAAGGUAGGUAGUCAUCGGGGGACUGACAGGUGAAUAUCAGGACCCAGUGCCAGGCUGGGGAAGGUAGGUAGUCAUGGGGGAGUACUGACAGGUGAAUAUCAGGACCCAGUGCCAGGCUGGGGAAGGUAGGUAGUCAUGGGGGGAGUACUGACCGGUGAAUAUCAGGACCCUGUGCCAGGCUGGGGAAGGUAGGUAGUCAUGGGAGUACUGACAGGUGAAUAUCAGGACCCAGUGCCGGGCUGGGGAAGGUAGGUAGUCAUGGAGGGACUGACAGGUGAAUAUCAGGACCCAGUGCCAGGCUGGGGAAGGUAGGAAGUCAUGGGGGGACUGACAGGUGAAUAUCAGGACCCAGUGCCAGGCUGGGGAAGGUAGGUAGUCAUGGGGGAGUACUGACAGGUGUAUAUCAGGACCCAGUGCCAGGCUGGGGAAGGUAGGUAGUCAUGGGGGGACUGACAGGUGAAUAUCAGGACCCAGUGCCAGGCUGGGGAAGGUAGGUAAUCAUGGAGGGUGUACUGACAGGUGAAUAAUAGGGACCCAGUGCCAGGCUGGGGAAGGUAGGUAGUCAUGGGGGAGUACUGACAGGUGAAUAUCAGGACCCUGUGCCAGGCUGGGGAAGGUAGGUAUUCAUGGAGGGAGUACUGACAGGUGAAUAUCAGGACCCUGUGCCAGGCUGGGGAAGGUAGGUAGUCAUGGGGGGAGAACUGACAGGUGAAUAUCAGGACCCUGUGCCAGGCUGGGGAAGGUAGGUAGUCAUGGGGGAGUACUGACAGGUGAAUAACAUGACCCAGUGCCAGGCUGGGGAAGGUAGGUCGUUGGGUGUAAUGACUUGUGAAUAAUCAGGCUGGAGAAAGAGGUAGUGCUAGGGUAUGAGGGUGGUGCUUUGCUUUCAUGUAAGGUAACAGGACCUAGAGAAGGUAGGUAGGCAUGGGUUGACAUUCAACCUGUGCAUCCUGGGCCUCCAGUGUGAGGUAAGUAGGCAUAGGGUGGCAAUGCUGACAAUUAGAAAAUCCAGUCUCUAGGGUUCUCCCGAUGAAGGUAGGUGUUAGGUGGCUUUCCUGACCGGUUCAAUGUUAGACAGUUAGUAAAGAAAGCCACAAUGAACCUACCCUCUAGCGACUCACCUUUCACCCCCCCACUCACUCCCUGACCAACUUAUUCAUGGACUCACCCACUCACUCCCUGACCGACCCAUUCAUGGACUCACCCACUCACUCACCGACCCAUUCAUGAACUCACCCACUCACUCCCUAACCGACCCAUUCAUGGACUCACCCACUCACUCCCUAACUGACCCAUUCAUGGACUCACCCACUCACUCUCUGACCGACCUAUUCAUGGACUCACCCACUCACUCCCUAACCGACCCAUUCAUGGACUCACCCACUCACUCCCUGACCGACCCAUUCAUGGACUCACCCACUCACUCCCUGACCGACCCAUUCAUGGACUAACCCACUCACUCCCUAACCGACCCAUUCAUGGACUCACCCACCCACUCCCUAACCGACCCAUUCAUGGACUCACCCACUCACUCCCUGACCGACCCAUUAUUGGACUCACCCACCCACUCCCUGACCGACCUAUUCAUGGACUCACCCCCACUCCCUGACCCGACCCAUUCAUGGACUCACCCUCCUCCCUAACCGACCCAUUCAUGGACUCACCCACCCACUCCCUGACCGACCUAUUCAUGGACUCACCCACCCACUCCAUGACCGACCCAUUCAUGGACUCACCCACUCACUCCCUAACUGACCCAUUCAUGGACUCACCCACCCACUCCCUGACCGACCUAUUCAUGGACUCACCCACCCACUCCCUGACCGACCCAUUCAUGGACUCACCCACUCACUCCCUAACCGACCCAUUCAUGGACUCACCCACCCACUCCCUGACCGACCCAUUCAUGGACCUCACCCACCCACUCCCUGACCGACCCAUUCAUGGACUCACCCACUCACUCCCUGACCGACCUAUUCAUGGACUCACCCACCCACUCCCUGACCGACCCAUUCUUGGACUUACCCACUCCCUGACCGACCUAUUCAUGGACUCACCCACCCACUCCCUGACCGACCUAUUCAUGGACUCACCCACUCACUCCCUGACCGACCUAUUCAUGGACUCACCCACUCACUCCCUGACCGACCUAUUCAUGGACUCACCCACUCACUCCCUGACCGACCCAUUCAUGGACUAACCCACUCACUCCCUAACCGACCCAUUCAUGGACUCACCCACUCACUCCCUCAUCCAGUUAUGGACUCACCCACUUAUUCAUUUGUUCAUGGACUCACUCACCCACUCGGCCAUUCGUGGACUCACACAUACACCUACCUACACACCCACUCACCCAGGGACCUUUCCACAGAAAUACAUUAAUAGGGAUUCUAUCUAUCCACCCCCACCUGUCACUGUUUAUUAUUAACCAUUCAGGGGCUGAACGAUUGUCCACUUCCUGGGGGGGGUCUGUAUUUCAGUGAUCUGUAGACAUGUCUCAUGAAGCUCAGCCAGCCAAAUAAAUGGCGUAAUCUGGUGUGGAAAAAACAUAGUAAUAAUAAAACCAAUGUUUCAUAGGUAAAUUUGAAAUGCAGGAAAUGAUUGCUAUUUUAUUAUUACGUACAGUUUGUACCAGGAGCAGACAGAACAGAAUCAUUGUUUUAAAGCUGAAUCGGUGGGAUGGAGAUUGCUGUAGUCGCCAUGGUUGAGUUUUUGUGUGCGAUAAUGUCCUGAUCGCCUGCCUGGCAGGGUACCAGGGAGAGAGGACCAAACAUUGCUGCGUUGGCUCAAGAUUUCAGAUAUGACAUUGUGUCUGAAAUUUCCUGUUUGUGGUUGUGUUGCUCGCACACCCAUGACACGUAGCUUCUCGGGAACAUACUCUCAUCGUCUGUAAUUAUUUUGCAUUUUUGCUAUUUCUCUACAUCAAUACAUAUUUUUCUGCAUGUUUUUGGAGGACAUAUGACAUGUUUGAAUAUAAUCUAAAACAUAAAUGCAUUUAUAGUAACCGGGGGGUGGGAAAAAAACAACAUUCACUUUAGGAUCAUAGUUAAAAUUCCAUAAGUUUUUUUGCCAUUUUGUUGUUGGUAAACACACAGAAGGUUAUUUAUUAAAAUGUGAAUUGUCUGAAAUUCAACAAGGAAUUGCAAAUUUAAAAGAACAACUCCAAGCGCCAUAAUUACAACAGUGCGCUGUAGUGGUUAUGGUGCCAGAAGUGCUGUAACUUACCCCAAGUGUAAGUAGUCAAAUUGUUUGCCGAUGGUUUGAUUUUUUUUUUUUACCUGUACCUGGUGUUUGCUCAGCGCCGGUCACUUUCACUUAUGUCUGUCUGUCUGUCCGUCCAUCUGUCUAUCGAAUACGAUAACAGUAACCGGUUUAUGAGCCCAAGGGUCCGGUGUUUUAUAAUUGUCUCCCAUAAUACCUGCACUCACAGUAAUGUUCAGUGUAUUCUGUUACGUAUUGUAGGGGCUAAGGGGAGAACUUUACUUUAAGGGCAAUACAUUUCCCAGUGCAGCCUCAGAUCAGUGGUGUUAAGUUCCAGGCUUGGAGCUAUUUCAAAUGACAUUAAAAAAGUCCAAGAUUAGGACGCCCCCGACUGCAUUACUACAAAAAAAAUUGCUCAGAUGACACCACCAUCCAUGUUCUAGAAGCCUUCCCUCCCUAUAUAUAUAUUUUAUGCUGUAUAUUAUAUGCAUUCUUACUUGACUUCCGUUAUACAUUUGUAACAAUCACAGAUUUUGUUGUUAAUAAACUCUAUUGAGUGCGUGAUGUUUCCUGCUGUGUAGGUUGGUGAGAGACAGCCUGUGUGUAUUUGACUAAUGAGGGGUGAGUCUUAUCUCAGAGGCUGAGCUCUAUAAAGGUCAGACCUGUGUCUCCAUCACUCAGUGAGUGUCACACCACAGAGCCCACAGUGUUUGAUUGACAAGCCUGCUCAUCGUUAAUGAUGGAUUUAAUCCCUUCUUUAUGCCUUACAUGCACAUAGAGGGUCACGUAUGUUUACAUAGACACAGGAAAUGGGACCUGUGUAGAAAAUACCUGCUUUAAAGUUUUUUUUUGUUUUUGUUUUUGUUUUUACAUUUUUCUCUCAAGAUUUUGGUUAUAUUGGUCAAUGUGUAAUUAACUGUGCACAUGUGAAAGCCUUGUGCUUUCUGAAUGUGAACGUGAGCUGCCAUGAAAAUAUAGUAUAUCCGAGCAGUAUGUGCGGUCUACCAGCGCUUUACCACCGUCUGCCAGUCAUGUACCUAACAGCAGCUAUUACUUAAGUCCACCAAAUCCCAUUAUCUCGUAACGCAUGGAUUUGCGUACACCUCCCCCUAAAACACGCAUUCAGAAAUUCUGUAUUCUUAUUGAUUGAGACACUUUUUCUAAUUAAUGAUUGCACUUAUGGUUAUAUUAUACUACAGAAAAAUGCGCGUAUUUGAAAUAACAGCGGCAGAAUUUAGUAGGAACAAAUAUAUAGUUACUAUUGUAUUCAGAAAACUGUUUGUAUAACUUCCAGCAAGUUGUUUUGCUUCUUCCAACCGGUCUUCAUUGAGCGCACCCUCUCUGUUUAGGUCCGUACAUUGCGGAUUUUGUCAGUAACCAUGAGAAGCAUGUUUAUGUGAACGAACUAGCAGCAUUAAUGGACUCUCUAAGGUGAAAAACAAACAUAUUUAUUGUUCAGAUUGAAGGCACUCUGUCCUGUAAAUAUUAUUAUUAUUUAUAUAGUGCCAGCAAAUUCUGUAGCGCUGUAAUAAAAAGACGUUGUUUUUACCGGUACUCACCGGUAAUGAAGAGUCAGGACGCAUUCUGACAGGCAGCCGCUCCUCCUGUUCGGAGAUUAUCUCUUAGUCCUUCUCAUACAGAAGCAUUAAGGGACUAUGGCGCAUGCGCGUCACAUGCCAUCCUUCACCAAGAUUUGUCUCCUGAGAAGCAUUAUCCAAUCUUCUAUCAGGAAGUGGCGCUAGUGAUUGUUAGUCUGAUAACUGCUAGAUCUAAGGUUUAGGCAAAAUGAAAAAAAUUUCAUCUCUGAAACUGCUUUACAUUGCACCAAACCACGUUGUUAUGAUGAAGUGGGUUUGGCGUUUAGAGUGGCCCUUCAGGUUAUCUGAGCAGUCAAGCAAAUUUAUUUUUUUACCCAAUACUUUUUGAAGCUUCCUUUUGUCUGGAAGUUUUGGCUCUCAUAACAGGGCUACAUGUUGUUGUCUGUCUUGACAUGGGGGUGGGGGGGUUACCAUGAAUUGUGUAAUCUCAUGAAGUCAUGUAGACUUGAUGCAGCGAUUCCCACCAUUCUCCGUUCACUCUCCUGUCUGUGUUCAUGGCCAUCUGUUGGACUGUGCAAUUGGCCCCUGUUUCACGUCUCUUGACAUGUCUAAUCCAAUUAUUUCCCUUUUGUAUUUGAAAUCAGCUUGUCUCGCCAAUCAUGUCCAUUCAUUUACCCGCAAAGCGGAAGCCUAGGCGAUGUAUAUGGGGGGGGUCCUAAUCAUGUCUGCAGGGCAGAUGUUUGAACGAUUUGACAACACUUUAGCCUAGGUGCUGGUUGGGUAGAUGUCCUUACUCACCUUGGACACUCUGAUAGUCCAUCACUGGAUCAAUAGAUGUUCAGUACUCUGGAAAGACAUUCAAAGUAACAUUUCCAAUUUGUUUUAAUAUACCAAUUUAUCUUGUUAUAUAAGAAGCGGGGUUCCUAAUUGCAAAAAGCUAUACUUAAACAUCAAACAUGUAACAUAUAAUAGAGACAAGCGUUGGCUAGUGAUUUUAUAUUCCUUCUAUUUUGAUGGUCAAUACAUGUAUCAAGUUUCCAGUUUCCAGGUUCUUAUUUCAGUAUGUCAGCUAUGAUAGAAUGUUGGGGUCUUUUGAUGGUAUGUUCUGUAGUGACACGGACAGACGUGGCUGCAAGAGUUUUAGUCCUUUAUUUGCCAGAUGAUUGAGUGUUUGCAUUGCUGUAUGAGUUGUUACCUCGCCUGCAAUACCAGACCAUCCACAAUUUGUUUUGUUUAUUUGAAUUGCAACAAAACAGGGAACCUUGUAAAGGGAAGCUCGCCCUAUGUGGUGCCCCAAAGAGGGCUUAGUGGAUGGGAAAAAAGUUGGCGAGCUUCACUGUGGAUGCCUGGGGUGUCAGUGGGGUACGUUCGCUAACAGCCGUGUGUAUAUUUAUUGUAUGGUUUGUAUUUUUAAAGUGAUUCCAAUAGAGUACUUUACUGUUGAGUGAGGCUUUAUUUAGUGAGUUAGUGGUUUAUCAUUGGCAGGAUGGCUGUCAAUUUAAACGUGGUUUGAUGUGAUUGUAAUGUGUUUAUUUGUCUUCCCUCAGUACCCAGUGACCUGACAGCUGAAGAGCGUCAGGAAUUGGAGCACAUUCAGCGUCGGAAGCAGGAACUGCUAGCGGACAUACAGGUAACACAUCCUUUUUAAUCCAAGAUCACGUUGGACUCGAACAGGCACAUUAUAUUGAUCAGAUCCCUGGCAACGGAAGUUGUUUCCUGCCGCCAUUCUGCUUUUUCCCUGGAUAAGUGAAGACCCAUUUGAAACUGGGAUUGGUCUAAACUAAAAAAAUAUAUAAUAAUGUAUAUCCGGGUGCCACGCAUUUCUGUCUCUGUCCAUUUCUAGGUUUUGUAGUAGGACUUUCACAUUCUGUUUUAUAACUAAAAAGUACAGGGAAUCCUUGCUUUUUCUGUCCUUCCUCUGCCCUAUCAGUUGAUGGUAACUCUACUUUCCACUUUCUGUUUUUAACUAGAUGGUACAGAUAACUCUUUCCCUAAUCUCCAAUUGGAAUUAAUGGCAGUCUGUAUCACAGGGUUAGACAGACCCAGUCUCAGGGAGUGUAUCUGUGACAUGACUGACCUGGAGAGCGGCUGUCACAUUCCAUGUGAUUAGAAACCCUUCAUACUGGUGGGACUGAGGUGGGGGGAUUCUCACGGUGUCAGCUUGACUCUAUGUCCAUUUCAUCGUUUAUGGCAGUCUUGCCGCGCCUGAGACAGUGCAUCACGCUGACAUUCCCAUAACAAUUCGUCUCUCCCUCCCUGCCUCCCCCUUUUUGUUUGUAAGGUCAGGUGCAGCUUGUAUCGGCUCUGGCUUUCACCCCCUUAGGCAAAGACUGGCGACUCCACAGGAUUUUCUGGGGCAGAAAAUUGUAGUCUUUGGAGUGCGAGGUGGUAGUGGGGUGAUAGCGAGGUGGGGGCAGCUAUAGGCACAGUGAGACUUGUGGGAUGUACCAAGCACAUAACAAAAUAUUCUCCGGUCACUGAGCAGAAGACAAAUCUAUGGGGACAUUUCAUAAUUUGGAGAUCUUCUAACUUGGUGUAAAUAUGAUGUUCCCCAAGGUGGCUGUCCAGUGGGUUUUCGUGACCCCUUAGCCAGCAGGAGAGUAAGAAAGGGUAAAAAGAUUUUAAAGUGUUAACAUAAAUCUUUGCUGUUAUUUAUUAAUUAUUUUGCCUCUCCUGACUCAUAAUCUUUUUUUAUCUUGUCCCACCUUCCCAAACGUUUCUUGUUCUUUUUUUUUUUUUUUCAUCUUUCUUCAGCUUCCCCCUUUUCUUCCAAAAACCACUUCUUACUCCCCCUUUCCAUUAUUAAUCUGAAAUGUAGUUUUUAUUUUAUUUCCCUUUCUCAGCGGCUGAAGGAUGAGAUAGCAGAAGUUACGAAUGAAAUUGAGAACCUGGGUUCCACCGAGGAGAGGUGAGCUUGUUCCUCCAACCCUUGUAGUUUAAUAUCUUUGAGUCCUGCACUUGUAGUUUCUGUUAGGCCAGUGCUGUGUUACCUGUUAGCACAGCGUAUCUCUCGGUACUAGGUAAUGCAGUACUGCAGACUGAGCAAGGGGAAACUGGGACCAGGGUAUAUUUCCCACUGUCUUAUACAGGCAUGGUGUCCAGAUUUCUAUAUUUUCACAGGAGAUGUAUGAACUCUGCGUUCUGUCAGAGGGGGCUUCAUAGUGCUACCCAGCAGUACUUGCAAUGUAUGUGCUCUAGGUGGGAUAUCCAGUUAGGAACCAUUGUGAUUAAUUCAUUUCGCAUUAGAGAAUAUAAAUUCUACAUAUUGCAUUCUCAAACGCUGCCUGAAGAAGCCAGUUCCAAUAUUAUUAUUUAGUAUUUAUAUAAUACUGGCUUAUUCUGCAGCGCUGUGUAGAUUAUAAUUCUAUAAAUUGUCUUGUAGCAUCCUUUCCAGGAAGCUUUCUAUUGGAUAAGUAACUAUUAAGUCAUUAGUAAGCAUAUUAAUUGAUUAUAUCCUUAGCACAGGUGCAAUCAGAUUAAAGUGAUAUUAGUAACUGGGGGAAGGAAGGAUAAAGGUCAGAGUGGUGGGCACUCUGUGGGGGAGGAGGGAGCGAGCUCACAUGUGUUGAGCACGGAGAAACACUAGUGGCACGCAUGGCUUUUAGGUCACGAAUGUGGUCAACGAAGGCUUUUCAUGAUUGGGUUUGCUUUGAGCAAUCUUCAGUAAUAUAAGAAAGAUUGCUGCUGGGCGAGAAUUUUUUUAAUUUUUUUUGAUCUUGUAUUUUUAGUUAAUUUUACAUAUAAUAUAUAAACAUACAUACAUACACAGAAUAUGAUUGUAAAUCUUUGCUAAAAAUAUUUCACUGCUGGGUUGAUGCUCUCUUGAUUUUAGGUGACAUUUCUGCUUAUACAAUUACAAUUCGUCUUUUCAACACAACACAUGGGAAUUAUAAUGUAAUAGUAAUAGUAACUGCAUAAAGCAGCUCUGUGUAGCCAGUGUAAUUACAGUCAUUGUUAUAGCACCAACCUAUUCCGUAGCGCUGUACAAUAGAGAAACCAAGACAAAUAAUUAAUUCUAAUCAAACACGUUUGAUGUAUGAGAACAGUAGAUGAAGGGGGCCUUGCCCAAAUUAAUUUGCAAUCUUAAAUCGACCAUGAUGCUUCUGACGUGCUGUCCAGCUUUGUCAAACUGUGUCUUUCUAGACCUGUAAGAUGAAAAUGGACAGCAGGAGUAAGCUAUACACAGCUCUAGUUCUCUUCCAAAUGUUUAGUUAACUUGGAACUGAAAGAUCGCCAUUAAGGCAUUUCUAGUGCAGAAUGUGUUUAGCACAAACUCCAAUCAAAACUACAAAUAUUUCCAGCUUUUUCACAGUUCAGGGUCCUAUUUUGCAUUGGUGCAGAAUACCUUAAAUGGCUUCUUCUGUUCUACAGGAAGAACAUGCAAAAGAACAAACAGGUAGCAAUGGGAAGGAAGAAAUUCAACAUGGACCCUAAAAAGGUACGACCCAAAGAGUAUUCCGCAUUUAUGCUGUCUUGAGUGGACUAGGUUUGUUCUCCCAUGACACUGGCUGACUUCUAUCUACAGGGCAUCCAGUUCCUGAUAGAGAACGAGCUGUUAAAACAUACAUGUGAAGACAUUGCACAGUUCCUGUACAAGGGUGAAGGACUGAAUAAGACUGCUAUUGGGGACUACUUAGGGGAAAGGUAAGCUUGGACGGGUUAUCUGAAGCAGAAGGGGAACAUAUUUACUAGAGGAGUGUAAAUACAUGAGGUCUGUUGAUUAUUUUUACUCGUUUUCUCAUUUCCAUCUCUUCUAAUGCCCUAAUGUUUUUUUGCAGAGAUGACUUCAACAUCCAAGUCCUUCAUGCAUUUGUGGAACUUCAUGAAUUUAUGGACCUUAACUUGGUACAGGCUCUUCGGUGAGUUCUGUUACAUUACUUGCAGUCCUGGAGUUUAUCAACCCUCAGGGAAUGUUACAUUCUGUCUCUCUCCCACAGGCAGUUUUUGUGGAGUUUUCGUUUACCCGGGGAAGCUCAAAAAAUAGAUCGAAUGAUGGAGGCGUUCGCACAGCGCUACUGCCAGUGCAACCCAGGAGUUUUUCAAUCUACAGGUUUGUUUUUUCCAUUUUUUUAUUUUUAUUGUCUUUCAGUAUUUUACCCGCUCACAUUCCUCCACAUUCUCAAAAUCAUUCUGCUUCCCUAUCAUUCAAUUCUACUGUCUAUCUUCAAUAUUGGCUAAAUCCAAAACUCCCACCUGGAUUCUGAAUGCUUACCUACUGGACAUCUGUUCCAUCCUGACUGCUCCCCAAUUGGUCAAGUCUGUCGUCUUUUUCUCUCUCAAUGCAUGUAUAACGUUUUUCUCGACAUGCGCGGUUCAGUUUGCUUGCCAUUCUUUCUCAUGUGCAUUAGUGAACUCCAAACUCUAAAAUGAUCCCAAGCAUUUAUUGGUGUUGGUUAAUUUUUUUUUGCUACACGUUCUUGUUUUCUUGCUUCACACACUUUCCCUGUGCUAUUCCACCCGUGCUGACCACUGAUCACUAUCUCUGCAGACACUUGCUAUGUCCUCUCCUUUGCCAUCAUAAUGCUGAACACCAGCCUGCACAAUCCCAACGUCAAAGACAAACCAGGCGUGGACCGAUUUAUUGCCAUGAACCGCGGAAUCAACGAUGGAGGUGACCUGCCGGAGGAUCUUCUGAGGGUCAGUGCUGUGAAGCUUGCAGUGCGGUAUAUGAAGUGCGGGAAUACUUUGGCCGUUUCACAUGGACAGUUGACAGAACUAAGCUUAGCUUGUAGAUCUGGCUCUGUAUUCUAAAUCAUCACUUCAUGUCCUGUUUAAUAGCGGUAUCAUAUUCAUUGAUAUUGACUUUAGUGGAGACACUGUAACAUUCAUGGACUAAAUUAUUUUUCUUUCCUCCCAGAACCUGUAUGACAGUAUAAAGAACGAACCCUUUAAAAUUCCAGAGGAUGAUGGGAACGACUUAACACACACCUUCUUCAACCCUGACAGAGAGGGCUGGCUCCUGAAACUGGGUGAGUGAUCUGGGCCAUACCAUUCUAGGGUGUUUAAUGAAGUUAGGUGCAGUGAGAUGGGGUAUGUAUGGGACAAGGGCUAUGGUACAUUAUCAGGCUAGGGUAAACCAUUCUCUGCUAUGCGGUUAGGAUAUGGAUAUUUCCAUUAGCAAAGGAGAACAUUAAAAACAUCAACAAGUCUGGGCUUCAUUAUAGAUAUAAACAUAUAAAGCUGGAAUAAAUUCGGGACCGCUAUAUUUUUUUACAGAUUGCUACAUUAGUUCCACACUAUCCUCAGCCAUGUAAAUGCCUUGCAUUUCCUCCCCAUAUCUUCUCUCUCUAAACUCCCCCUCCCAUUUUGCUCCAUAUCUCAAAUGGCUGUUCCCCGGGGCGUUCAGCAUGUGCUACAGUGAUGACCGCAUAAAUCAUUCCAGAUUCCUAUAACGCAUACCCUGCAUUCCUUUUAUUUUAUUUAGAAAUCUGGCGUUAUCACAUCGGGGUAACUUUUCCAAGCAGAAUGUUUUAUCCGUAUUGUGUGUCUGUCCAUUAUACAGAUUUGGCUUAUCUGGUUCCCAGAACUACUUAACAAUAAAUAUCUACCAUGGCUGCCCACGUAAUGCAUUAUACAUAUAUAUAUAUACACAAAAUAAAAAAACAUAUUCCAUGCCCUUUUAUAAAAAUUAUAUUUCCUGCCCUUUUAUAAAACAAUUCGUAAUUUCUCCCUUUUUUGUUUUGGCAACAAAAUUGAGGGAACCAAUUUGUUGAGCAAACUUUCCUUUCCGUUCCCAUACGUGCACCGCAGGGUACAGCUUCUUGCUAAAGCAGUUUGAAACCCCUUUUAAGAAUAUACAAAAUCAUCAGCAUCCCAGUCUAGCUUGGUGGAAUAUGGAAUUUCUAUAUUUAAUGGAGAUUUUGCCAGCCUAGCAUGUAAAUGCAUUAUUACACAAGCUUCCUAUGCGCAGACUUUCAUGUAUUUAAUAUAGCUGGGAUCCACCGCAGGCCAAGGUUUAAUUUCUUUACCUUAUUAUUGAGUUACGUUAUUUUUAGCAGAUUGCAUGUUGGUGGGAGGGGGGGUGAUUUUAUUUUUUUUUGGUUUUUAAUUUUCCUUUUCUCCCUUAUUUGUAUGUUUCCUUCAUUUGGGCCGCCUUUUACAUGCCCCACCCUGCAGGAGGUAUGUAGCCAUGGUUCUGUGCUCAGUCUGUGCCGAUGCAGGGCCCAGUAUUUAAGCUGUUUCUUGCUUUCCUGGUCUCCCGUUUCUCGCUUGGUGGUUUCUCUCUGUGCUGCUAUCUGUCCUCAGCCCGUAAGGAAUCCCAGACAGCUUGGAUUAAAUACAGCACACCAUGUAGGAGACCCACAGAGGAAGAGUAGUAUGUUGCUGGCUACACGCGUGCUGCCUCUUCCUCUUUGGUACCCAGCAGACAAAUCACUUCAGAGACUGUAUUUUACUGGACCAGAGCUGCAGUGUAGUGGAUAGCUUUGUACAUCCAUGAUCAUGCAUCACCACGUGUUUCAUCGAGGUUUUCAUGCUGUGCGUUGCAGCUCAGAGUUCUAUAAAAUGAAAGAUAGGAGUGGACUCUGGAAUGAGGUCCAAGGCAGGUUUUAUUGGACAGCAUAUAACAACAUCUUGGCCCAAGAAGAGCCUUUUUCAAGCUCAUCCUGGCUUGGACCUUAUACGAGUGCCCAGUCUUAUCUUUUUUUUUUAUUACGGAUAUUGGGGACCUGGUCACCUUUGGGCUGGGAGCUUGGUGGGGGUCAUCAUCUACAUGCCUACUCAUGUGUCAAACGUUCUGACAGAAUGUCAUUAACCUGGGAAUACACUGAGAGAGUGUCACACAAAUGUAUCUCUGUGUGUUGGAAUAUGUCCCAUUGUUUGAUAAAUGCAGUUAGUUGAUGCUUUAUUUUGCUUGGAAUGUUCCACUUUAUUCCACAAGGCUUCAUAUAUUAAAGUUUGCCAUGUGCUGACUUGGCAUUAGCCAGACCUGUGGUCAGAUACUCACUUCUUUGUUGACGACCCUCUUGAGAUUUAGCGGAAUGUUUUAUAGAUUAUUUAUAUUUAUUUGCUUUUCUUAGCUGAAGCAAUAAACACAAAUACUCUAAUCUAAAAUCAGGUAAUAUUUAUUUACCGUAUAGUGAUUUAGAAAGCAGACCUUUCAUAGAUAUUUUGUUUAAUAAAACGGUGCUGAUUGUGUGGCCCUGAAGUCCCUACGGGGAUUACGGCUGUAAAUACAGUUGAGAGGAACACAGUGGUUUUCAGGUAAUGUGCCUUUAACCUAAUCGGCCUUCGUUAAUCUCCUUGAUUAGGAUAUUAUGAAAUAUCCUUAUCAUAAAUGACAUCUUUGCAUAUUAGUUUACCAGACACAGAGUCAUAGCUCUGCUCCAACACUGGGAUUGAGCACAAAGGUCGACGAGUCUAAAAGUUUGCAUAAUAAUUCAUAUAUGCUGCAGUGUACUCCACAGAAUGCGAGCAGAAAUCAUUGGCAACAAUAAAGUGCCAGGAUAUCCAUGCCAAAGGUCACUUGCCUAUCCUAGCUGUUAAAUAGAUCGUAUUUAAUUAACGUCCCACUGGCACAUUGUAGCACUGUCUGGUGCCUGACUUACUGACUAGUGAUAUUACAUCCACUCCAUGAUUUUUCUUAGCAGGGAAUGGAGUGUAGCAACCCAUAUCAACUUCUGCAUAGUAGUUCUUGUUAAUGAUUGUGAGAGCAAGACCUGAAAGACACCUUUUGUUAUUUCAGAAAUCAAUGUUUCUGUGUUUUGGAGCCAGACCUGUUUAUCAUAAAACUAUAAAUGCAGGCUGAGUCGUCAUUCUGACAUCACACCACUUCCUCAGAAAAAAAAACCUCACCCUUUCAUUAAAUUUAAAAAAAUAACUGCGCGGGCCUGAUGUCUUUAUAAUAACCAUAAACCUCAGGUUCCUGGAUACGUGUAUCUGCCACAUGCUAAAUGUAACUGGAUGUGUAGGAGUAAAUGGUAUUAACCAGGGAAAUACGUUUUAAAUGCUGGUUAUGACAGGCAGAUGGCUUUCACAUGAUAUCACCAUAAAGAACUGAGCAUUCCUUUCAUCCAGCUUUACUCUCUUUCACAUCGGCUAUUGCGGAGUGCUAGCUCUUCUCCCUGAAUGAUGAUGGUCCUCCAGGGGGCACCGUAGCAUACCUGUGCCCACUGCUACCAUGGAGAGGCCAGCAGAAGGCUGCCAUUAUACAUUGAAAUGUAAGCAGCUGUUUGAGCCAUCAGCUGUCGAUAUGUGCAAACUAAAAUCAGACAGAUAUCAUGAAAUCAUACCAAACCCUCUUAUAAUAAGAGGGACACACACUGUGCCUCCCAUUUAAAUUAUUGUCCUGAUAUUAGUGUACAAGUCAAGAGUGCUUCUGAUCCAGAACGUUUUGUUCUUGAAACCAGAUCCAUGACUAAUUAACAUUGUGUAAUUAAGAGAGAGUUGGCAGUGGCACACAAGUCCCUGAAAUGUAAUCUGUUUUGCGCUGGCGCCUAUUAAAUGUAAUGGAGCGGACAGGUUAGUUUAAUGGAUCAGCGCAUAUGACCCUCGGCCUGGCAUACAGAGCAGGUACAUGUUCUCCUGCCCCCUUUCCUGCAUUUCAUUACCAGACUCUAUAUGGAACCCACGGACAAUGCUGGAGCCAAAUCUGUAUUGGGAAUUCACAUCUCCCUGUCCAUGCUGGAUUAUGGCCUGGGGAGAACAUUGGUUAACAUACUGGGCUUGCUCACUAAACCGCAAUCCACUCAGGAUCUCAGCAGAGAAUUGCACAUUAUAAACCUGAGCUGAGCUAAAAAAUUACCCAGUUGCGGAUUUUUUUGCUUCCCCCAAUUUGGUUAUUUUGUAAUUCUGUUGUCCGUUGUCCACAUUUUUCGAAUGUUGUAAAUAAACCCUUCAAGGCUAAUUCUAUGUUAAUGUGUGAAGCCUGUCUCCAGCCUUGCCGAAUGACUCCAAAUAAUGACGUACUCAGCCCUAUUGACACAUAGUGAUCCCUAUACACGCAAUGACUCACACCGAUCGUGUACAUACAUGUUCUGCUACAGGGAUUUGUGUACGCCCCAUGACACACGCACUGUGACUCAUUACACCGAGCUGCAUGUUUUGUCUACAUGACACUUCCGGAAAUAUAUCCGUGUUUAUUUUAAUAAUUUAGCUCUAUUUAGAUAUCUCUUUGCCAGUUAGCAGUCUAGACACCUCUGGUACAGUUUAGAAUGUUGCUUUGUAAUUGAUCUGUGCUGUUGUGGGGUUGUUUUUGUCUCUCCUUGGUGGAGUACAGUAUUAAUUCGCACAGCCCCUCCUUUUGCCAUACUCCCCCCUCGCUCCCUUUAAAUGGUAGAAUGAUCUCUAAUGGACUGCACUCUGCAGGGGCAAAGCAUUCUAUUGGGAUCCCUGGAAUCUAUGUGCCUACUGGUGCAUAAAGAGCUGUGUCUGUCUGCACAUCUCAUAACAUUUCUGUGGCUACCCCCUUUUUUUUCUCAUUUUAUUAUUUUUUUUUGCGGCUGCUGUCCUUUCUGUUUAGACUGAAAUGUCUACAGGGGCCUUGACUUCAUGUUAAGCUCGUACUGAGCAGUUUUAAUGCCAGCGGGAAUGCUGCAAACUUGCUAACACCACGUCUGAAAUCAUCUACAGUUUUACACCUCAGAGAUUUAUUGAAAUCUAGAUUCAUAAUAAUGAUUUCUAGUACCUUGCCCUAAAAGCAUGCUCUGAUUUGGAGAAUAGGAGUCUAAAACCCCUGUAUGUAACCGUUUCUCUGUCAUUUCAUUAAACGUCUUCCCAUUUUGCCGUUAUGUAAACAGCCUCUCCACCUGGUCAGAUAGUCUACUUCAUUUUUAACCCCUUAAGGACACAUGACAUGUGUGACAUGUCAUGAUUGAUUCCCUUUUAUUCCAGAAGUUUGGUCCUUAAGGGGUUAAAGAUGCAAUGCCAUGUUCCGGGAAUUCACAGUGAAUUUCAAAAUUUAGGGAAAGAAUUAGAGAAAUUCUGCAAAUCCAUUCUGUUUUCAGUUUGCUUAUUUUUCCCUUACGUUUAAAAACCACUUUGAAUUCCAGGCAAUUCUCAAUUUAGCGAAUUGCCUUGCAUUUGUUGUGAGGAUUUAAUUAAGUUUCCAACUGGGUAUUUGCUAGCCUUCAGAAAAAAGGACUGUCUGAUAAAGUUGUCCCUUUAUCUUUUCAAUAAAGUGAUAACAAUAAAUCUAGAUUUGCUAAAACAUGAUGGAUAAAUUUUUGUUUUGUUUUUGGAAGCUCCGAGCAUCUUCUGUAAUGAGCAAUAACAUGACCAUUUCACUCACCAGCAGAGAGAUAUCCGUAUUCUAUUCCGCUUUUCAAUCUAUUGUUGGUCCAAUAACCAAUGACAUGACUUUUUUUUUUUUAUCCAGUUUGGACGUUUUGGAUGACAGUCAUUUUCUGACAGGUCUGUGCAUUGUUUCUCCACGUUGAUCUAAGGAAAUUGCCAAUAAAAGUAUAGAUCAAAAUAUGUAUUUGCCGGAAGCUUUCGGUAAGCUUGCCGCAGAUAAUCCAGAGAUAAACCGUGAUGCCAUUUUCUAAUGAUGGAUUGGAUUCACUUUUUUGGAUCCAAAUGAGACUGAAAAUAUGCUUUUUAUCCAUUGCAAUGCUGAGUACCACAAGCUGUCUGGCACAGUAUUCAAUAUAAGCACAUAGCACUCGGACCCGUCCCUUAGACAUGUAAUAGAUGCUGUGUUCCUUCCAGUUUCUGGGUUUCUGCUUUCUCUGUCGAUUCUGCAUAUGGUUCCAUCUCUCUGCAUUGGAAUGCUCCAGUAGCUGUCGUAAACACCCAUUUCUGGUUGUGAUGAAGGCUGUAAUGUCUCUCUGCGUUGGGUACACAGGAUGUGUCUGUUCUGCUUUCUAUGUUCUGUGUUCUUCUUUAAUUUAUGUCCUGACUUAGCUGACCCUGAACUGUAUAUCCUAUCUCCCCCCCAAUCCCUAAUUCCAUCCUACCACAUGUUCUGUCCCCCGCCCUUCCCCAACUUGUCCACUUUCCCUUCAGCUCCCCUCUGUGUGUGAACCUUACCUUCCUUUCCAGUUUCCUGACAUUUGCCAACGAUUCCCAAUUAAACAUCUUUUGUUUACCUCUGCAGGUGGUCGUGUUAAAACCUGGAAAAGGCGCUGGUUCAUCCUGACAGACAAUUGUCUGUACUACUUUGAGUACACAACGGUGAGAGGCCUGGCUUCAGGAGUAUACAACUGUCUCUGUACAUACGAGGGGUGGGCAACGCAAUGCAUUUCAGAGGAUCAUGGUGGUACUUUAUCACCAGCCAGAGAAUCAAAUGUAGAUUAAUACAGAGACAACAGAAUAUUAUUAACAUGUUUUACACACAAGGGUCCAUUAAAUUAAAACCAAAUGGCCAAAUCUAGGCAAAAAUAGUUAAAAAUCACAGUUUAUAGACACAACUUGACUAUUAUAGCUUACAUUUUGUCAUUUGGAUCUUGGUGAAUAGACCCUUAGUUUCACGUGUACAGAUAGAAAUUCCUGUCCGAGAGCACGAUAAUGCUGAAUGUAACGUUCGAAGAGCUGGCAUGUUGGCAUCUAAUCAGUUUGCUAGCCAGAUCAUUCUCUGACGCGUGAUUCACACACUGCGUGUAAACAACCAUUGUUUACGGAACGGCAUUCACUACGGCAUUAAAGAUUCAGAUAAACAGAUUAUUGUUUAAUGUAGAGAUGAGCUGAAUCAUUUUACACUCUGGAUAUCGGUUUCUGGUUUGGCCAGUGUCAGUGCACAUUCAUAGUUGCCCAGUAAUUGUAUUUAGUCUGUGGGUAGUGGAAGGAAGAGGUACAGUAACUGUGCUAAUAACACUGUUUUAUCCACCAGGAUAAAGAGCCGCGAGGGAUAAUUCCUUUAGAAAAUCUCAGCAUCCGAGAAGUGGACGACUCAAAGAAGACUGUGAGUGAUUAUUGGGGCUAGGGGUAGAUUAGAAUGGAAUGGCAGCAUCCACUUGGACAGAAAUACUCAGAAUUGGUGCAUUGAUCGCUACAUUGUGCUAUUUGUAAAACACAUUGUGACAGGGGACUAAUUACAUUAAAGGCAGUGGUCCUAUAAAUGUGCAUUCUCUAACUUUCUAAAUGUGAUCCUGAGAUUUGCAGCAUGGGCACAGGCCCUAAUAUAGCCCCAUUUAGGAAGUCAAGUCUGAGAGUUACAUCUUUCAUACAGUCUGCACAGCAGCUGCCUGACAUGUUAAACUGCUAGAUUUCAAACAACUGUACUGUCUGCUUAGAACCCUGACAGCCUCAAAGAGUUUAUCCAUUACAAUCACAGGAUAUACUGCCCCCUAGGUAACUUUUAGCCUCUAUUCUCCUCCCCCUAUCAUUUGUACUAUCCAGCUUUCUUUCAUUUGCUUCCUGUGAAGCUCUGCUAAUCCCACCCUGGAAUAAUUCUGUGCUUCCACCCUUUGUUCCCUGCUCAUGUCUAUCCAAACAUUACUUUUUGUGACCUUUGUCCCUCGUCCUCUUCCUUAGAACUGCUUUGAGCUGUAUAUUCCGGAUAACAAGGACCAAGUGAUCAAGGCGUGCAAGACUGAGGCUGAUGGACGUGUAGUGGAGGGAAACCACACAGUGUAUCGGAUCUCUGCCCCCACACCCGAAGAGAAGGACGAGUGGAUGAAGUGUAUAAAGUAAGUGAAUUCUUGUAAAUGUUGGACCUGUUUUUAGACUAGUUUAUCUGCUAUUGUGUUUGCCCAUUAUGUUAUUUGUAAGUUAAAAAAGCAGGUAAGGGCUUUGUCUACAUACCUACCAGGAAAUGUGCUGGAGUUUCUCCAGUGCCUCUGGUAGCGACUCUGUUACUAACCAGUUUAAGGAAUGAUUUAGGUGAAGCGACAUUUUCAGAGUUAAACUGUGAAUUCUCAAGAAUUCAGAGUGGAUUUUCAGUUUCAGGUCAUAAUAAAUAAAUAAAUAUGCAAAAAUAAUUAAAUUUGGCUAUUUUACCCUAAAAUUUUAAUUCUUGACAAUUCACACUGUGAAAAACGUUGAUUAAGUGAGUCUGUAUAGAAAAAUUUUUUCAAUACUAUGUACAGAAAAGGCUUUUGUCCCUGGUAGCACAAUUACCUCCAUGGUGCAUUUUUACUUUAUUUGCUAGACUCAAAGAUGCUGGAAUUUAAAAGGCAAAUUUUAUAAUAAGGAUCUGCGUGUGAUUUCUCUCUUAUGGUAUUGUCCAUGCCCCGUUUGUGGUCAUGUCAUGUGCCUCGUUCUAGGAUGUGUGUGUGAUUGUUGUCAUUUACACGCUCCUCAUUUUUGCUCCAAUAAUAUGUAUAUGAUCUUAACUGCUGCCUUGUUUGUCUUUUGCCCUGUUAAAAAAAUAAAUAAAUCCUUGAAUUUCUCUCCCACAGGGCUGCCAUCAGCAGGGAUCCGUUCUAUGAGAUGUUGGCUGCGCGAAAAAAGAAAGUCUCUUCAACCAAGCGACAUUAGGACCAUGUUAGCUGGUGGUGCUCCUACGCAGACCGUGCCUCUUCCACCUGUUCGUGUGAUUGACUCUUUCAGCACUGUAAUAAUGAUGUUGGCCCAUUGAGCUACAGCCAGAGUGGAAAUCUUCUCGUUCCACUCUUCCCUCUGCCUUACGUGGGCCCCUAGUGCAGCGAUAGAUGUACUGGAUCCCAAUACUGUCACAUUCCAUUUACUGUUACAACCUGGAGGCCCCACGCCCCCAAGAAGUCUGGGGGCCGCUAUUACGUGUAUACCGCAGCAAAGGAAGCAUAUUUCUGCCAGGUUCCCUUCCUUUAAUCUGAGUCUAUUAAGUAGGGAGAACAGCCAUGUGUCUCAGUCCAAAGUGUACCUUCUGGAUAUUCAGAGAUCUUCCCAGGGUCCAAGAGAUAUCCCAGAACUUUCUCCAUGUCCUGGAUAGUACCUGGAGAACUCAUUGAGUGCCAGCAAUAGGAGGUGUUCCUAAGGUCAUAGGUCAGGCCCAUUCAAAAUGGAAGGAAUUAGUACGCUGAGAAUCUUCUAACCAUUGCUGCUUAGAGGACCUUAUGCUGCUCCUGUUACCUCUGAAGAUAUAGGCUGCUGAAAGGGGUUAAAAAGGAACAGUUUAUUUACCAAAAUACAGGCUUGUUCCUUCCCCUAGGUGCGGGUUAGUCUUGGUGUACGUUAACCAGCAGAGCAGAGAGCAGGAGGGGAACCUCUUAACGGUGCAUAAAUAAAGCCAUUGUCUAGGUCUUUUUCUAACGAAAGUAAAUAUUUUUGCUUUUUUAAUGUAAAAUAUUUCCUUUUUAGUCCCAUUUCUUGGUACUUGCUCUUAUUCGAGGGCCUGUGCAGUGAAACAGUGUUACCUUAUCCUAUUUAUAAAAAAAUAAUGUAAAUAAUGUCUUUUUUUUUUUUUCUUUUUUUUGGGGCUUUGCUUUAUAUUUGUUGUUUAUAUCUUUCUUUAUUUGUUCCAAAGAAUUUAUUCCUGCAACGGGGAAAUCCUCACAAAAUGCACGUGACACAAUUAAAUCUUAUGUUAAUUUAUCAUUCUUAAUUCUUUGUUUCGCUACAGCCCAGCAGAUUAACGCACUGCUUACUGUAGCUAAUAAAUGAUAAACAUUG